GUGAUUCUGAGGCGAAGCCGAGGCAGCGAGAGUGCAGUGAUGUACUUCAGAGGUUAGGGGGCAUGUCGGGGGGCGCGAGGGGAAGGCGGAGGCGGGCGAGACCGUCCUCCUCUCCUCUCUUUGUAUGCAGCGUGGCUGCUGGGUCCUGCGCGCGGGGUGGCGCCCAGCUCCCUCCUCCCCAGGCUCCCGCCCCCUGCCGCCGCCCCAGACCCAAGCCCAGCCCGCCCCGACUGGCUCUCUUCCCCCACUCGCUGCCUCCACCCCCCGGGCGGUGUGAGAGCUGCGUUCGCGUCCGGGCCGGCAAGAUGGCGGCAUCGUCGGGGUCCAGCGGCGCCGAGCUGCCCGGGACUCUGGGGGAGUCGGAGGGCGCGGAGGCGGGGACGCCUCGCGCUCUGGCCCCCGAGGAGAUCGCCCGUAGGCUGCGCGGAACCAGGAGGGAGCUGAGCAACAGGCGCAAGAUCCUGCUGAGGAACCUGCCCGCCGAGAGCAGCAGCCAGGUGAGCGAAACGCCCCCAUUUCUCCCUUUCCCUCGCGGCGCGUGGGGAGCGCAGCUCGGGGCAGAGCCCUCAGAGGGGCGGGGGGGGGGCGACGACGAGCCACGGGUCCCCCGCUUUCCCCGGGGCUGGAGCAGAGAGUUAAUGGGUUGCAGCUGUGGAAGACUUGGUCACUCAAGGAGCGUGACGGGAACCCGUGGGGAGAGAAAAGAUGGCCCGGGGGCUCAUCGUCUCUAGGUAGGGAAGAGGUAAUUUAGAACUUGCCAGGGAUAACGGAGGCGACUGGGCUGGGAGGGAGGCUUGUAGAAGCACAUCCUCUCCAAAGUGGAAGAAGAAGGGGGAGGGCCCCCCCUUUUAAUGUUGGGAAUAAUAAGAUUCCAGAACUUUGCAGGUAAUGAUAAGUGACCCAGGUGGGUAAGUAUCGUCAUUCAUCUCCUGAGAUAGUGGGAGAGAGGGGACGUCUCUAUAAUUGGUUUAAAGAGAACACAUGCAGAAGCCUAAGUCUUGAAAGUUCUAGGAGGGGUUGUGGGCUGGAGGGAGUUAAGGAAGAACACUCCCCUCUCGCUUUCAUAGCAGCAAAACAUGCGGAGUUGUCUUUCGCUUUAUUGCAAUGGAUACAGUGCCGUGGAUAGGAAGUUUGCUUGUUGCCCUGUGUUGGGAUUAUACCUUACACUUGGUGGCAUGAGCAGCAGCUCAGCAGGAACUCCCAUCCCUGAAUAAAGAAAGUCAGAAGGCAGCCAGAAUAGGAGAAAAGAAGCAAAACAAAAUGGGCAUUGCUUCUUGUUCUCCUGUUGGGAAAGCAGAUGAGAUUUUGUUCAACAUCCUGUCUGUGCCUUGUUUUUGCCUUUGGAAAAAACACUUGUAUGUUCUCAUUCUCCCCAAUUUGUUUAUUGCUUUGCAUGUCUUUUACUGUUGCUGAGACCAUCAGUUUUAAUUAUUUUUCAUAUUCACUCACCAAGAAUAUAUAGGGAAUAUGUAGGGUAGGUGGAGGAAAGUUUUGUAAGAGUUUUAUUUUAUUGACUAAAGAACUUGCACAUACUAAAUUGCUUCCCAUUGCUAACAUCAAUGACACUUAACUGGAAUAGAUAGCUGAAGCUGUUUUUCUUUCUUCCCCCUUGGCUUUUCUAACUCUUGUGUAGAAUAACUGUGUUCUGUUGCAAAGGUUGUACAGUAGUUCAAUGAGAAGAUACAGACGUGGAUAGCCAAUAGGAGGUUUUUGGAGUUAUCUUUUUCAGCCUUUUGGGUACUGUUAGAAAUCAUUGUUUUCCAUUAAGUAACAGAUUUGUAGUCUUCAUGAUUGCGCAGGUGCAUCUGAAAAUUGGGGAAAGUUUGGGAAAACAAUAAAGAAGUAGAACUGGGAUUUGUUUUAAAUUGUCAUAGAUUUCCAACUCAAGAUAAGAGGUUUUUGCAAAGGCAGUCUCAAGUUCCUCUAACAUUUACAGUUUUGGAAUAAAAGUAUAAUAAACCCAUGCCAUAUCCAGUUAUAAGUGGUCAAUCUCAUGCAAUAAAACAUGCAAAUUAACCAGGACUUUCUAGCUCCUGUUAUGUUCCUGAAUGCUGAACAAGUUGCCUUAUUCAGUGACAAUCUCUGUGUGCUUUGCUUUAGUGGGUGGAGGUAGGUUAUACAGAAUUGAGUUUUAAAGAGGCUAUUAGUCCCCAUAAAAUUACUGUAUUGAUAUGCAUAAAAUGUUUACUAGUGGUAGGGACACACUUCUAAUGAAAUGCAUUACUGUUAAAAUAGUAAGGCGUUGGCAAGUUAAAGGCAAAGAUUCUAUCAUGAGCAAGCUAAUGAAUGUCACUGAAUGAGUCUGUGGAUAAUGAAAAUGAGUGAUAAAAAGAAGACAAUAUUCUGUUCUGUCAAGUACCACAUAGAAAGUUCCAAAGUCUGGCAUCUUUAUAAUAGAGUGCAAAAUGUUCCAUUUAUUUUAUUUUUUUUAUUAAAUGUAUUUAUUGCUUUUUAAAAAUAAGUCUCAUAUCAACUUGCAAUAAGUUAAAAUACAGGAAAGGUGAACACUAAGAACGAGGCCAUAAAUCAAACCAGAUUAAGAUCUUACAGUUCUUGCAGAGACUGUGCCAGUUCCUUUCAUUUGCUGUGAAGUGGAUAUGAUAAAAAAAACCCUUGAAACCUGUUGUGUUCCUAUUUUGCCCUAUGCAUGGAUACGGAGGCAUUCAAAAUACAAAAGCUCAACUCAAUGUGGACAUCAAUAGACAAUUCCGAUUUUAAGAUCACAGGUGUGCCGAUUGUAAACCCCAUACACUUUCCACCAUCACCCUACUUAAAAUAACUUUCAAAAUCUGUUUUACCAGGAGUGACAGUGAGACAAAAGAAAUAUAUGUGUGCACCAUGGCAAAGAAUUGCUUCUGCAACUUGUCUAUGGUCUGCCUUCAGCCUCAGAUAGAAGUACAUAUUUUUGUGGUUUCAGUGGAACUUACAGGGUGAGAUCUAACUAACUCUUUCCCUGAACAGACCACCCAAAAAUCAAUUGACUUAAAUCUGAGUAUGGUUAAUGUUAGAUAUUGCACAUAAUGCUGAUCAUAUAUGGAUACAAGGAAGGCCUUUAAAAUGUCACAGCAACUUACUUUGAAAUAACGUCCAUUGAACUCUGUGGGACUUGCUGCUUAAGCAAACAUGCGUAGAAUCAUACUGUAAGCCAUUUUAGGUUUCAGCUUUCCAAUUAGCAUUCUGGGGAUUAUUAAUUGAUUUAAAAAUAAUGAGACCUUCAACAAAAUAUCACAUUGUUGAGGUUCCAGCCAGCUAGUUAGAGCUUCUUUCAGAAGUUUCUGUUCCAUUAGAGUGGUACCUCGGGUUAAGUACUUAAUUCGUUCCGGAGGUCCGUACUUAACCUGAAACUGUUCUUAACCUGAAGCACCACUUUAGCUAAUGGGGCCUCCUGCUGCUGCUGCUGGAGCCCGAUUUCUGUUCUCAUCCUGAAGCAAAGUUCUUAACCUGAAGCACUAUUUCUGGGUUAGCGGAGUCUGUAACCUGAAGCGUAUGUAACCUGAGGUACCACUGUAUCUUCAACUUUUCUGUCUCUAGUACAGUGGUACCUCAGGUUACAUACGCUUCAGGUUACAGACUCCGCUAACCCAGAAAUAGUGCUUCAGGUUAAGAACUUUGCUUCAGGAUGAGAACAGAAAUCGGGCUCCAGCAGCAGCAGCAGGAGGCCCCAUUAGCUAAAGUGGUGCUUCAGGUUAAGAACAGUUUCAGGUUAAGUACGGACCUCCGGAACGAAUUAAGUACUUAACCUGAGGUAACACUGUACUCAGUUUUCCAUGCUCACUGAGCAUUCUUGGUGGGUUGCUGAGUCUCCCCAGUCCCCCAUAUAUAUACUUUAAAAACAUUUCUGUACUUUCCCCUAAUCUGCUGAUACUUCUCUCUUGUUCAUGGUCAGUGCUGUUUUGGCCACAUAAGGAACUACACUGUCUGAACGAGUUUGCUGCAUAGCAUAGCUAGAGGAGGGCAAAUAUGUAUUCAGGCUCUUGUCCUGUAAGAAUAAUUGCUUGAAAUAGAUUAAAAUAUUCCUUAAAAUUAUGUACUUUCUGACAGGAAAACAGGUUCAAAUGUUUUUCCGUAAGAGGGAGUCAUACUGCUAUGCUGUGCUGAAAAGUAAUUUUAGGACAUAUGUCUUCAUGGUCCAAAUAGUCCUUGUAAUAGAAACUUGCAAUAGGAUUGCAGGGAUUGUUACCAAAAAAGGAUUUCACUGCCAAGAUGUUUUCAUUUUCAUUAGCCAUGCUGUCUGAGUAUUCUUUAAGCUCAUUCUUUAUCCAGGCUUUCUUGGAUAUCCAUUGGAAUAUUGGAUUACACGUAGAUAGGAGUAAACACAUGGUGUCUAAAUAUAUUUUGCUUUUGGAAAUAUUGCAGCCUCAGAACAAGAAUAAUUUAGAUGAUAAUUUGAAAUUUAUACAAAAAAUCAGUUCAGCAACCAGCCACUCCAGGAUAUUGCCCAGGGAGGGAGCAUUUGCCACUAGCCCAGGGCGGUCCAGGCCGCAUGCAGCCCUCAGUACCUCUUUUGGUGGCCCUCAGCAAUAUUUGUCACCCUCUGCAGCCUUCAUGCUGCCUUCCCGAAGCUGGGUUAUCGAAGCACUGGGCUUUGGUAAGGAGACAUGAGGGCUCUGGCAAGGUCCUAGAGACCUCCAGCCUCCAUCACAAAACCUAGUUAGCGCUUCCCCAGCUUUGGGAAGGAGCUGAGAGGGCUCUGUGACCCUCUCAGAGCCUCUUUCCUAAAGCCCAGCACUUCACUUAGCCAGCUUUGGGAAAGCAGCACAAGGACUGUGUGUGUGUGUGUGUGUGUGUGUGUGUGCGCGCGUGCCAACACCAACUUUUGACUUCACUCACUGCACAACAAGGCAGUGUGCGGCCUGCAGGUUCCAUGUCGAAGUACUUUUGCAGCCUACUUGGUAUGAAAAGUUGGAACGCCCAGCACCAGCCUUUAGUUGUUUAUAUUUUAUUGGUCCUGGGAAAGUUUCUUUAGAAUUGGAUUCACCUCCAUUCCUUGAGGUAGGGAAGAACUGUUCCCUCUUAUAAUGAGGCAUUUGGAGCCUCCCUGGCCCAUCCUGCUAGACUUUGUAAGCCAAGUGGUGCAGAGAUCCAUAGCCUUAUCUACAUCCUCAGACCACAUCAACUGAAACUCAUAUAUCACUAUUGGACUACCCAAUGGGAAAGGGCACUUAGACUGGAGUCCUUUCAGCUGGCUUGCAAUGGACUGGCUUGAGUUAUUCCAACAUUGUGUCUCUAUACUCGAUUUCAUCAAGAUUCUGUAAGUCCUGGAAGCUCAUAGAUCCUUGUCCGUUUAUUUUUAAAUAUACACUUUUAAUUUUACAGACAUCUGAUUAUCUGUUCUAGGGAAACCUCUAGAUACAUGGAGACCAUUCUCUUUAUGUAGAAACUGAUACUUUAUUUGGAGGCAGGGAGUGUUUCAUACUGAUAGGCACUAAGCCACCAACACUCGCUAGUUGAGAGAAUGAUGCCAUAUAUAUGCAUUUGAAACUAAAUUGCCAUAUUUUAUCAUUUGUACUUGUUUUGGAAAUGUUUUCUGGUAGCUUUGUAGUGAUACAUACUUCUGUUUCUUGGCAUUUGAAAAUGGGGAACUCUUAAUCUUUAGUCUUGUGGAAGCAUAGCUUUUGGUUCUGGAAUAUAUUUAUUAAAAUCAGCUGCAAUUAGAAAAGUCCAUUUAAUGAAAAAGCAAGCUUCCCCCCCCCCCCAAACUGACUGCAAAAUAGCAGGUACUCAUCUUUGCUGCUGCUUCAACAUGACUUCAUUUGCCUUUUCCUAGAAAUAAUAAAUUGUGAGAACACAUAAGCUCUUGAAAGUACCAUAGCUUGCUUGGUACAUUAGAAAUCUGACUAUGAUUUAGCAUUUUUAUGAGUUAACAUGCAAAAGUGGACUUUAUUUGAUAGGUUAGAAAAUAUAAAAUGUAUUAGUUGAUAAAACAUUCAUGCGCACUUUCGCAUCUCUGCUUAGUGUCACAAGCUGCAUUUUUCAUAGUUAAAGUCAUUUGCCUCAGAACUAUACUUCCUGUUCAUUGUAGUAUUUAUUUAUUUUAUUUUAAAAAUGUAUAUUCUGUACCACUUAACUACAAUAAUCUCUAAGUGGUGUACAAGUAACUCAAUUCAAUGAAGAUAAAAGUUAGUUCAAGCUAUAAAAUCAGAAUUUCAGUUGUUAAAAUGCCCACUAAUAUAUAUAUAUAUUUUUAAGUCUUCAGUAGGUGCUGGAUGUUUAAGAGGGAGGGGGCCUCUCUGACCUCAACAGGAAGAGAGUUCUACAAAACACUGGACAUAUGGCUCCUGGUGGAUAUAUGCCAUGCAUCUGAGCAAUGGGGGACCACUAACAGAGGCUCACAUGAAGACCCCAGUGAUUGGGCAGGGGUAUAAGGGAUUAGUCACUUCUUUUGGCAACCUGGACCCAAAUUGUUAAAGGCCUUGAACCUGGCCCAAUAGUAAAUGGUCAGCCAGUGCAAGCUUUUAUUUAUCUGUUGGCAUUGCAGUGAGCAGUCUUCUAAUUCUGGUUCCUUUUCAUAAAGGAUGCUGCUAUGAUUUUGCUGGUGCCUCUUAUUUUGUCUAACUAGGAGACUGAAGAAGUACAUAUGCUAGCUAAUGACCAAAGGCUAUACUUAGAUUUGCAGGAAAUAAACAAGAAGAUGAGAUCCUCUCGUAGCAUGGGAUAGUAAGAAAGUCUUAUUAUAGCUAUCUACUUUCUCUUUGUAAUAAUGUGGGCAGCACAGCUAGCUGUCAAGAAGCUAAAAGAGACCGAUCGGCCUUUUCCCACGCUAGUUAAGCUGGUGUAUUGGGAGUUAAGCUGAUUUCGUUCUCUUAAAGUCAAAGGUUAUAAAUUAACUUAACAGAAAGUACUUUGUAGUAGUGGGUUGGUGAUCUAGCUGUCAGUAGUGAAUAAGAAGGUACUAUUUGAGAUGAGAACUGAGAUCAGAGUGUGGGUAGAGUAUGGGGUUUGAAUUGGGGUGACCAUGGAUAAAAUCCUCACUCGGCUGCAGAGCUAAUUGAGUGACCCUGGAGAAUUCCUACCUCACCAUCCUGAUCACAGGGUUGCUACGAGGGUGAAAAAUUAGGUAGCUCUAUUGAUUCCUAGACUCCUUGGAAGAAUAGUGGGAUAGAUGUGGAUGAUAAAUAAUGUGACUGUUGAAUAGUGUUGCACUGCAAGCAAGACACUAAUUUAGCUCCCAAGACACAUGUGAGAAUAUGCAUUCCUUUUGGAAAAUAGCAUUCCUGAAUCUUCUUUCUUAUUUGGAGUUCUCAAAGAAACACUUCACAGGUCAAGAGGCAGACUCUAGCAGCCCUGUUUAAAAGUGUGCUAACAUUGUCAGGUUGUACAGCAGGAAUGGGGAACUGGGUUUCCAGAAGCCUGAGUCCUGGGUUCUUAACUUUGCCCAACCCACCUGGCAUCACUCUGAAAUCAGCUGGCCAAUUCUUCCCUGUGGAGAGUGGCAAGCUGUAUUGCAAAAGAAAAUCCAAGCUAAGCAAGGCCUGAAGCGGCUGCCUGUCAGCUGGUCAACUACCCUGGAGUUGCCACCUAUCAGCUGAAAGGUGGCAGCUUCAAGCCUGCUGGAAUUCGCAUGCCCCACUUUGGGCAGGGGUCAGUUGCAUUGCCAAGUUCCCCAUGCAGAACCCAGUAGUGCAGAUGAUGCCAGCAGGCUCGCGCUCACUGCCAAUCAGCAUUCCUUGCUAAUGCACAAUUGGGAGUGAUAUUAGUUGUGUGGGUCAAGGGGGUGUGAUUAAUGGGUAACUAGAACCCCUGUCGGGCCUAAUUAUAUCCAUGGACUGGAGGCUCCCCACUCCUGUUGUAGAAUAUUGGCCUGGUUUGCAUGAUGCAGUAAGCCAAACUAUGCAUUUGGGGAAUCACACAACCCCCUGCAGAGAAGCCACUUUGCUCCUUCCUGGUACUUCUAUUAAUUCCGUGGUAUACUGAGCUAAGCCACAUUUUACUUAGCGUGUUGCCCAAACCUGGGCUCAUGGUUUAAGCUCUCCCCUUUCUAACCAUUAACCGAAGCCAAGGUUUGUUCUAGGCUGCAGCUUGUGGUUAGUUGAGGAGAUAAGUUGAGCAUAAUAGCUCAGUCAGUAGAGCAUGAGACUCUUAAUCUUAGGGUUGCGGGUUUGAGCCCCACAUUGGGCAAAAGAUUCCUUCAUUGCAGGGGGUUGAACUAGAUGACCCUCAUGGUCCCUUCUAACUCUGAUUCUAUUAUAAGCUCGUGUUCAGGCAACUUGCUGGUCUAGCUCAGCAUGGAGUGGCAGUAAAACAGGACUGAGGAAGAGCAAAGCAGCUGCGAAUUUGGUUUGCCAUGCCGUGCUAGCUAGGCCAUUGUUUAAAGUACAGUACUACUUGCCAGAAAGCAUAACAAAUUCCUAUAUAUAGAGACAGGCUUAGCCGAUCAUUUUAGUGAGUGAAUCAUUUUUAAAAAUAUUGUUUUAUAGGUGUCAGCUAGGGAUUGUUUUUAUUUGAUGGGUACUCCAAGGGGAAUGAUGUGUGCUGACAAAUUUCAGAAGAUGCAUGUGUGAGUUUCAGGCAUGCUUUCAACCUUCUGUAAACAUCAAAUAUAUAUUUACACAUAACAAAUUGGUCGUGUACUGACCAUUCCUUCACUUUAGUGAUGGUGAUUUAAGACUCCAAAGAAAUGUGCCUUUCUCUCAUCUCCCUAUGCCAGUCAGAAUCCCCAUUCUGGUCACAACUCCCCCCCCCCUUGCAUUUAACCCACCAUAAGGCAGAUGUAUUGGAUUGCUGAGUAGUAGCAAUAACAUACUAUCAGUGUAUGUAGAUAGCCUGAGGAGCAGCAUCAUGUUUUAUUAACACAGCAUUUGACAGCUGUUAACCGAUGAAAUAAGAGACUAGUAUCCAAUCUGACUAAAAAGAAUACACUUGAUCCUAUUCAGAUCAAACCCCUAUUACCCACUAAGCUAUGUAUAUUGAAUUAGCAGAUUGGCAAGGUGGGAGUGUGUUGUGAUCUAGGGCACUUUGUAGAGUAGAAGGAUGUGUCGUAACAAAUUCAGUUUCAUUGGAGACCCUCAAGGCAGAGUGAGUGUGUAAAUAUAUCAUAAUCAGUCUGAUUAGGGCCAAGUACUCAUUGUUUUUAAUGCAACAACAGGGCCUUCUUGGUCACAGUUCCUCUCCCUGGUGUGGUACAUCUGUCUUGCUCAUAAUUAACAUUAUUAUUAACAUGUGGAAUUUAAAGAACAUUUCUGUUCAACCAGCCAUUGGUGGCUGAAAGAUACUGUUCCUGGCAACUUUGAAAUUCUUUAACCUGUGAGGAUAUUUUAUUGUUUUUGCGUUGUUCUUUUAUGUUUUGUUGUUUCGGGAGGAAAGACAGAAUAAAAAUUUAAUCAGUAAGUAAAAUUUGCCACGUCUUUCUGUAGAACAGGGCUGGCUAACCUUUGGUGCCUCCAGAUGUUGUUCUUAAUCUCCCAUCAAUCAUGGUCAUACAGUCCAACAACAUUUGGAGCAUCACAAGUAAGCCAUACCUGCUUUAGAAAAAUCUGUGGGUAGACUGGGAGGGUAGCACAGGCCUCCCCGGUAUAGUUUUCCAAAUCAAAAUCUCCAUAUGAAACUGAUUAUUGUUCCAAAGGUGCUAUUUGAAGGGCAAAUAGCCACAUCAGGGGUGAUUUCUGGUAGCAAAUGGCCCAGCAGGAAAUGGUUAAACUCUCCUCCAGCACAGCAGUCCUGACCUAGAUUGGGAGGCCAUACCAAAUGCUCUUUUUAAAAGGAAGAGACAUAGCCAGUUGCACAUUAAUUGAAAACAAUGUUCCACAGUGUGCAGGUCGACUCCUAGUCAGGUUGAAAUUCUGAUACAGGCACUCCUCGCAUGCUAGAUACACCAGGAGAAGCAGCAGCUAUGCCAACCAUAAACUGAAAUCAAAAUAAACUGAACAGUGCAACAUAAAUGGGCAAUGAAUAUGAAAGUAGCAUUAGAUUAUGAUUUGGAUAGAUUGUUAUUUGGAAGUUGUAAUAAAAGUAGCAAAAAAAAAAAAAAACCCAAAACAAAAGAAACAAAAAACAAAUACUAAUAAUGGUUGUAUCUAGUUGGCACAAGGAAUUUUGCCUGUGCUGGGGAACUUCCUCUCUCCUUUUCCUGUGAGCUCCCCCAAAUCUGUCCUGCCUUCCAUCCCACCACACAACCCUGUGAAGCAUGGGGGGGGGGGGAGGAGAUGAAGUUCCAAUGCACAGGAUGAAGUCCUUGUGCUAUAUGACUUCUCUGGAUGCAAACCAGUGUUUUUAGUUGUAAAUUGUUUUGCAAGAAGAGACUCAAAAAUUAAAUUAAUAGUGCUUGUUUACACCCCCAAAGUAGACCUAAUUAUUUUUAUAAUAAUCAAUAUCUAUGUAUCUCUUCCUGUGCUGUGGGAUUCCACUACAGUGGUACCUCGGGUUAAGAACUUAAUUCGUUCUGGAGGUCUGUUCUCAACCUGAGGUACCACUUUAGCUAAUGGGGCCUCCUGUUGCUGCCGCGUCGCCGGAGCAUGGUUUCUGUUUUCAUCCUGAAGCAAAGUUCUUAACCUGAGGUACUAUUUCUGGGUUAGCGGAGUCUGUAACCUGAAGCCUCUGUAACCCGAGGUACCACUGUACAGUGGUGCCCCGCAAGACGAAUGCCUUGCAAGAUGGAAAACCCGCUAGACGAAAGGGUUUUCCGUUUUUCGAUGCGCUUUCCAGGACGAAUUUCCCUAUGGGCUUGCUUCGCAAGACGAAAAUGUCUUGCGAGUCUUGAGAUUUUUUUUCGCUCCCCCCCCCUUUUUCUAAGCCGCUAAUAGCCUUUUAGCAGCUAAGCCGCUAAGCCGCUAAACCGCUAAUAGCCGCUAAACCGCUAAUAGCGCUAAGCCGCUAAUAGGGUUGCUUCGCAAGACGAAAAAACCGCUAGACGAAGAGACUCGCGGAACGGAUUAAUUUCGUCUUGCGAGGCACCACUGUAUUAUUGUUUCAUCAUUACUUUUUUCCACCUUUCCUUUCUCUUCUAAACUACCGUAUUUUUCGCUCCGUAAGACGCACUUUUUUCUUCCUAAAAAGUAAGGGGAAAUGUCUGUGCGUCUUAUGGAGCGAAUGCGUGGUCCCUGGAGCCAAAUUGCACAGGGGAAAAAAGCAGAUCAUGCUCUUUUUUUUUUUUUUUUUUUUUUGAAAGAGGGAAGUGGGUGUUGAAACAAAGCCGCUGGUCCACAAGCGAUCGGGAGGGAGAUAAGGGACGCUAGCAAUAAAGUAGGCUGCCUGGGAGGGGGGGAGGUAAAGACAGCGAACUUGCAAGGAGAGGAGACAGGAAGACUAAAGCAAUGAGAAGAGAAAUUAGAAGAAAAGGAGGAGCAAAAAACUGCUCCAGCUAAGGAAAAGACACUAAGGCAAACGAGGGAAGGGGGUGUUGAAAGCAAGCAGCUGAUCGGCAAGCGAUCGGGAGGGAGAUAAGGGACGCUAGCGAUAAAGGAGGCUGCCUGGGACAGGGGAGGUAAAAGCCCAUGGAUCCUCAGGAUUUUUACAUUGGGUCACCCCAAAUUCAACAUCAGAUCGCAUAGCAUGUCCAUGGCUACAGAGUGCACACAAAAAAAAUCACACACCCACUGUUGCGUGGGGCCGCAAUGGCGCAAAAACGUGGUUACAAAGCAUGGAUCCACAUGGAUUCUCAGGAUUUUUCAUUGGGCUACCACAGCAUGAACCACAAAAAUCAUACAUACACUGUUUUGUUCAGAAUAUUUUUUUUUCUUGUUUUCCUCCUCUAAAAACUAGGUGCGACUUAUGGUCAGGUGCAUCUUAUGGAGCGAAAAAUACGGUACUUUCCUUAAGCAUGAGGUUUUGCAGCCCCUGUUUGUUGUGGCUAUAAUCACCUAUUUUCCUUUUCUUCUAAAGCUCAGAUUAACAGUUUUGUAAUGUCAUAUAGUUCAGACAUCUUAGCAUUUUCUCAUCAUUGCAUUUCUUGAAGUAAACUUUCUGUGAACUUUACUUUCUGUAUUACCCCUCCACAAAAUGACUCAGUUCAUAUACCAUAGUAAAACAAACCUUAGUUUACAGAUUGUGGUUUAUUGGGAGCAAAUACUGGUUCAGGCAUAGCACUAAGCCAGGAGUUGUGGUGAGUUUCCCCUAUGCAAUUGCAGGGAGAAAGCAAAACAGCCCAGAAUGGUGUGCGUUCACAGUCAACCAUUAACUAUGGAAUAAGCCUGUUAUGCCAACAGGCUCAGCAUAUUCUUCUUUGAUGAGGAAAAUCUCAUGUCCCUUCUGGAACUAUCUUGAUUUUACCAGCCCAAAUAUGGUCUCUAUAUACAUUGCCUUGUCUCUAAAUCUCUGAGUUUAUUGUCCCUCUGGUGAGUCUAUAAAGUUCCCAUUGACCCCCAACCCAAUUUCUAAGUCAUUGACAAGAGAGGAGAAGCACAUGUUCCUUUUCAGUACACAACAGGAAGAGGAUGCAACACCCCUUGGAAAAAAAUAAGAAGCAUUUAGCACCUGUGAAACAGGUGCUAGCUGCUGAAUUCCUCAGGGAUGUGCACAGAAUUGCCUAAUUAUAGAGGAGGGAAAAUGCAUUAUAAGAGUAGUACUGUGUAAGUUCAUUGAAAUGCUGAAAAUAAUUGUGUUCUCUAAUUAUACUUCUCUGUGACCUUGUUUGCAAUGGUAAGAUGCACAGUUUCAGAAUGUAGUCUUGGUGUGUUGUAGAAGCACACAGUAAAAUUUGGGAGCAUGCAGACUUUCCCCUAUGACUUUAGAUAAUGCUAACUACUUAUUGACAUGGUGUUUAAUGCUGUAUCUUUCAAUAAAAUGUGACUGCUGAAGUUUGGAUCAAAAAUUAUAUUUUUGAUAUUUCAUUUCUGUGAAGAACAAGGCAAUCUAUCUCAGUAAGAGAUUUCAUUUUAAACAGAAGCAGUUUUGCUGUACAGUGCAGAAUAAAUACCAUUGAGUUGCAUUAUUAGCAGUGGUCUACAUCAUCCUUAUCUGGCAACUCAGUAUGCCAGCCUUUUAUAGUUCUUUUUUUCAUUAGGCAAAAAGUAACUACUCUAUUAAUUCCACUUUUCAAAGGACAGAGCUUGUGGUUGAAGUGAGUGCUCACUCAUAUUGAUUCCUAAUUAAUGUUUUGUAUAGCAGUAUGUCUAUGGAGUAAUUCUUUAUUUGGAACAAUUCGAAAACCUUAACAUUAAAAUAAAAAUGUUCAGUGCACUGAGUUUCUUCUGAUGGAUUGUGUUGUUUUUUUCUUUUGCCACCUCCCCAGGAAAUCCAUAAUUUAUUAAAAGACUUUGAAUUGAAGUACUGUUAUGUGGACAAAAAUAAAAGAACAGGUAAGAACCAAGAAGUAUUAUUUAUUAAUCACCUUCCACACAUUGCUUACAGCUUAAAAAACCAGUUAAAAACAAGUGAUGUGUGUGUAUUUAUUUAUCUAGCUGUGUGUGUGUGUGUGUGUGUGUGUGUGUGUGUGUUUGUGUAUAUAUACACACACAAAAAGAGUUUACGCCCAUGGCGGAGAACUAGGACUAUAAGAUUUUGCAUACAGAGCUAGUUAAGUCCAUAAGACACACAUGUAGUUAAACUGUGACUUCAGUGCCCUUGUUCACACAUAAUGCAAAGCUGUGGUUUAAUGCUAUAUGAAUGAGCCUUGAAGGAUUCUGAAACUGACACUCCCCAUGUCUGUUAUCCCAUUGUUUGCAUGGGAACUUAGCAUGUGCAUUGGAACCUCUUGUGUGUGCAAGGAGUACGGAAAUGUUGCCAGAUUCAAUUAUUUCAAUAUUAUCAGAACUGCCUUGAAUUUCCUUUGGUUUAAUCAGAAGUCUUUCAUUGGUCUUAUAUUCACGUUCAACAACACAAUUUAUUUAGUAUGAAAAGCAGGGCUUCCUUCCUUCCUGUUUAACUCAAGGAUUAAACACCAGCAGUGAGUGAGGCCAGAGCCAAAGUGGGUAAAGCCGGAGCCACCCCCAAUAAGAAUAAGAAUAAGAAUUUAUUAUUUGUACCCCGCACAUCUGGCUGGGUUUCCCCAGCCACUCUGGGUGGCUCCCAACAGAAUAUUAAAAGCACAAUAAAACAUCAAACAUUAAAAACUUCCCUAAACAGGGCUGCCUUCAGAUGUCUUCUAAAAGUCAGAUAGUUUUCCAUUUCCUUGACAUCUGAUGAGAGGGUGGGUGCUACCACCGAACAGGCCCUCUGCCCAACUCUUUUUCUCUUCUUUCUCUCUGCCACACAAGCUUGCACUGCAUCAGUCAUCACCCAUUCACCAUCAACUCUCCCUGCCACUCAUUGCGUUAAUCUAUUCACAUAUACACAAAGAACUCUCUUUCCUCCACUUCCUCCUCCUCCUCUCCUCUCUCCCACCCUUUUUGCUCUCUCCUUCCCUUUCUUGCACCUUUCCUCCUGUCCCCAUGGGGCAAUUCGACUUAGAUCAAAAGCUUCCAUUGGCACCAGUGGAAGCUUUGCCUCCUAAGUCUAAUGGUGGCAGGGCAGUGGUGGUGGCAGCUUAUAGGAAGGUCUUACUGUCCCCUCCCAAAAAUGUAAAUUGCCCCCAUGCAGUGGUUAGACUUCUUAAUGGUUUUGUAGUUUGUAGGCAUCAUAAUAUAAUUCCUUUGAGCAAAAUAGGAAUUAGUAGUUUAUAAACAUCACACUUACUUCGUUUCAGUUUCACUACUGAUUGCUAACAUAUUUUCUAGAACAUGAAUUGUAUUUAUUUAUAUAAAUAAAUAAAUAAAAUUUAUAGAUGAAUAACAGAAUAUAUAAGGGUGGUGGUAUCACACAUCCUGAUUGGUCAAAUUGUGCAAUACAUAAUUUUUUUGAGGAAACAGCUGUUUCCCUUCAAUUACAAAACAUAUUGUAAGUUAUAAGAAAGCUUUGUGUAACUGGUAUCUAAACCAAAGCCUUAAUGAUACAGUAAUAUUUACUCUAAUCUAUCUAUGUAUGUGCUUAAUUAGUAUAAGAUGGUCCCAGCUACGAUUCAGUUAAACCUGCUUAAAAAAAAAAAAAAAGUGUCACUAUGCUUAUAAUUUAUUUAGUAAACCUUUUAGACUUGAGGAUAGUGUAACCUCUGAUUAUUCAGGCUUGAAAGAAAAUGUUAGCAUUCCUGAUUCUCAGUGGUAUCAUCUUUCCACUCAGUUUCACUUCUACUUGAGCUUCGGUGUUCAGUAGAAGCAGAUGAUUAAUAGGCAAUCUGGAAUAAAAGAUGUUUUCUGUUUUAAACCAUAAUCUUGCAACCAGAGCUUCCUGGAAUUGAAUUUCAGGAAAAGGCUCUAUUGAAAUAUGAUAUGUCAGCAAUAACUCUAAAAGGUUACAGCACAUGAGGCAGCACAGUCACCCCCACAGACACAUCAUGGCAAUUUUUGACAAAACACAUGGUGAGGGAGGAGGGGGCACGGAAUUAAUAGGUACAUCCCAUGUUACUUGGUUUUUAUUUAACAUUAUACAGCUGUGUUUGUUUUGAGCUGUUGACCACACUACUAAUAAUAUUUAAAGUAUGCCCUCGCAUAGUAAAGACAAAGAAUAUUUUCUAAGUAAGCCUUGCUUGUACAGUGGUACCUCGGGUUAAGUACUUAAUUCAUUCCGGAGGUCCGUUCUUUACCUGAAACUGUUCUUAACCUGAAGCACCACUUUAGCUAAAGGGGCCUCCUGCUGCUGCCAUGUCGUUGGAGCACAAUUUCUGUUCUCAUCCUGAAGCAAAGUUCUUAACCCGAGGUACUAUUUCUGGGUUAGCGGAGUCUGUAACCUGAAGCGUAUGUAACCCGAGGUAGCACUGUACAGUGAUUAGUACAUAAACAAUAUUACUAUAGAACUGGGAACUAUCUAUGCUUAGGGUGGUGGCAAGGGGAUCUUCCUCCCCAACAGUCCCCUAAAAAGCCUCAUCCGGAGGGCUGGGGAACCCUUAGGAAAGGCCUUAUAUUUUUAAAUAGGGGAUUACGGGGAAAUGGGCAUGGCUUCCCCAAAAUGAAUCCUGGGAACUGUAGUUUAUCUUUCGCAGAGCUGUAAUUCUUAGCAUUCUUAACAAACUACAGCCCCCAGGAUUCUUUGGGAAAGUUGUGUGCUUUAAAUAUAUAAUGUGGAUAUGACUUACAUUUGUAAGAAUGGAACAUCCACUUUCUAUGAGCAAAGAGAACUGUAACCAUGAAUUCUCAAACCUUUACUUUGCUUCAGAAUUCAGGAAGAAGAAGAAAAAGCAAUAGGCCCUGAUUUACAUUUUACACUGUUGCGUUCGUAUGGAGCCCCCGGUCGUCUCACGGACUAUUGACCCGUACACCUACUAAUCCGCUGCCACCAGCCAGGUCCUCCCUGGUAAAAUCACUUCAGUCUCAAUCAGCUUUUCAAUUAAUAAAGAAGAGUGUAUUUUAUUUCAGACACAAACAAAACUUUUACAGCAUUCAAAAUGUUGUUGCUCUUUACUUUGUUAGUCUUAUUUUCCUCUCUCUAUCUCUUCUACCUCCCCACACUCAAGAACCCACGGCCCUAACUGUCUCUCUAUUACCAACUGCCUUUCCCAACCAGCCAACCCACGAAAACCCACCAACAACUCCCAACCAACUCCUCCCAGAACUCCUCCCAGAACUGGUUUUAUAAACCCACUGACUCCACCCCUGUCCUGUCUGUGCAACCUAUUUAACUAUUUCCCCUCCAGCACUCUCUCAUAUAUGUUAACGUCACAUACCCUAUCCAUUGUUUUAUGUUUAUUGUGAUCUUGGGGCACCACAAAAGUCAACCACCAACUUCGUAAUAAAUGCCGGUACUUUCCUUGCUCUGAGGCUCAUCCGACAAGCCAACAUUGUUGCUGAAGAUGAAUUGUGGUAGACUAUGUAAAUAUCUGUUGCUGUUUUUGCUUUCUUCCAGCUUUUGUUACUUUACUGAAUGGAGAGCAGGCUCAGAAUGCAAUACGGUUGUUUCACCAAUACUCCCUUCGAGGAAAAGAAAUCUCAGUGCAGCUUCAGCCAACUGAUGCCCUGCUCUGCAUUACCAACUUACCACGCUCCUAUACACUGCAAGAGUUUGAAGAGUUGGUGCGGCCCUAUGGCAAUGUUGAAAGACACUUUUUGAUUUAUAGUGAAAUCACUGGGUAUUCGAAGGGCUAUGGUUUUGUGGAAUACAUGAAAAAGGAUUCUGCAGCUAAAGCUAGGUUGGACCUUCUAGGGAAACAAGUAGGUGGGAAUGCCCUUUUUGCUCAGUGGAUGGAUGUCAAUCAGUUAACUCCAGAACUCAUACAUUCAAAGUGCCUUUGUGUGGAAAACCUCCCUACAGACUACACAGAUGCAGAGGAUCUGAUGCAAACUUUUUCGUCGAAAUAUAACCCUGUGUUUUAUCAGGUAUGUAGGACUUUUAAAGCCACAGCUCUUGUCUUUGGGGGCUGUGUGGUUUGACUACUCACCUUACAUGGACUUUCCUUUGUUUGAUUUUUAGCGUAAUAUGUUCAAGCUGGUGAAUGAUUAUAGUACAGCUCCAGUAGUAGUAUAAAGGUUUAUUAGGGUUGGGUAUGGCUGGCCUGCAUUAGUCACCUGAAAAUUAUGUAAAAGGCCAUCUGGGCCACUUCCUUGCAUUUACAGAAUUUCUGUUUGAGGAAGGAAUUCUGGGAAACAUUUUAAACUUUUACUUAUAAAUCUUAGAGUUUCUGGUAUUUCAGGGGAGGGGAGUCGGAAACAACAGAAUAAAGCUCCCUCAGUAUAUAUAAAAAUGUUAUAUUUUAGAACCCCAAAUUGGAAUUUAGAAAUCAUUUACUGUAAAUUGGUAAAGAUAACCUACUGACUGAGGAAAGCAAUUGAGACAUCUGAUGAAGUUGUCUCAAAUUCAUGAAAACUUGUGCCGCAAGAAGUCUGCUAGACUUCAAGAUUCCAGAAAACUCUCUGUAGUCCCCCCUCCCCUUCAGUAGACUUCAGUUGGCAAUCUCUUUGGAUACUAGAAAAGACAGGGGCAAGAACAUCACCUUUGUUUUGAAGGGGGUGAAUGGGAUUAGACAAUUUAAUACUGCUUGUUUAUAGUAUUGGAGAGGGGACUAUAGCUCAGUGGGUAAAGUAUAUGUUUGCAUGGAGAAGGUGCCAGACUUAAGCUCCAGGAUUUCCAGUUAAAAAUAUAUUGAAAGCCAGAACUUAGAAGGUCUUCUGCUUGAGACCACGGUGAUCAGUAUACUGGACUAGAUGCCACAAGACUGCUCCAUGUGUUCAUAGUUAUUUCCAUUGUGCUGAGAAACAUCCUUAUAUUUAAUAUUUUUCUUUCUUCCCUACCUCUUCCUUUUAAACUAAUUUAAACUAGCCCCUUCUCUUAAUAUAUGUUGGAGAUACGUUUGUCUUAGACUAUUUCAGCUGUGGGCUGUUUAGUCACAGAUGUUAUUUUUUUCUAAACAUUAUUCCAGUUUUGUUUACAUGUAGUUUUGGAAGAAUGUACACUGCUUCCUAUCUCUUUGACCUGUCACAAUAUUAUUGUCUAAGUAUAUAAAUAUGUUGGGUUGGUGUGUUUUUUUACAGCCACCUUUGUGGCUUAAGGAUAUAUUUUAGGAUAUUUUUGGUUGAUAGGCAUGGUUUAUUAUGAAACUUCAAUGCAUUUUGAUAGGGUUUGCACCGGUUGAUUAUACCUAUUAUGUUUUUAAUGUUGUUCCAGAGUGAUUCCAUAAGACAAAAUAAACAGCUGAUGCAUGUUUAUCAAAGGGCAGAAGCUUUCAGCUGGCAUGAAAUAAGCCCUGAUGAGCUCUAUAUUUCCUGUGAGACAAAAUCGUUUUAGAUGUUUUGAAAAUGGGAUACAAAUAAAUUACCGUAUUUUUCGCUCUAUAAGACGCACCAGACCAUAAGACACACCUAGUUUUUGGAGGAGGAAAACAAGAAAAAAAUAUUCUGAAUCCCAGAAGCCAGAACAGCAAGAGGGAUCGCUGCACAGCGAAAGCAGCGAUCCCUCUUGCUGUUCUGGCUUCUGGGAUAGCUGCGCAGCCUGCAUUCGCUCCAUAAGACGCACACACAUUUCCCCUUACUUUUUAGGAGGGAAAAAGUGAGUCUUAUAGAGCAAAAAAUACGGUAGUUCACUGUGGAACCUUCAAGAUAUAUAGAAAUGCAGCUAGUUUUUAUUCAUUUUACUAUUUUUAUUGUAACAUAUGUUAAUUGUAUUACUAAGCUUUGUAACACUGGUUGGACGUUGUAUCCAACAAACAAUCCCUGCUUUUCACUAGUCGAUUUGAUAAUUACAUAAAACUGACGCCAUCCAUAUCUUCCUAGGGAAUACUUAUGUGACAGUAAAUGCUACUGAAAUAAGUCUUAAGUUGUUGGUGGUGAUCCAGAAGGGUACAUGUGCCAAAUUCUUUCCUCUGGCCAAAUAUCAAGGUCUUUCCCCUCCUCCUCCUCCUCCUUCUCCUUCUCCUUUACUGCAGCAUAACUCUCACCUCUAGUGAAACGCAAACAGCUUUUGUAACAUGGCUAUUUAAAAGGCAGCUUCUGGUGCGUUUUCGGGAGACUGCUGCAAUCCUGCAAAGAAGCAAGAAAACUAACAUUUGCACGUGUGCAAAGCAGUUGGUUUCCUGUACCUCCGCCAAUAACUGAGGUGUCAAAACUAAAUAUAUACCACCAGCUAGAAUUUCAUUGAAUUUUGCAGAUGUCACCACUGCAGUUUUUCAUAUUAUUUAAAAUGCAAAACUUUUCAGCCAAACUGUACAUGAAAAAAAUUAGUAUUCCUCACCCAUAGGAAAGAAAUGCAAGGGGGGGGGCGGGGAAUGUGCCCAUGGUUUCAAAAUAAUCCCCAGUUUAAUUCCGUCCCUUAAUGCUCCAUAAAAUAACUGUCAAAUUUAUUUCAUAGCUCAAGUUCUUCAUGAGAUUAGAUGGCAGGGCAGCAGUAAUUCAAGUACAGUUCUGUGUGGCUGUCAUCUGCAAAAUAUUUGUGUAUUAAAUUUAGCUUGGAGGGAGGAGUGAUCAGCAAUGUUAAUCUGGUCUUAGAAACACAUUACUUAGUAUUUUUCACAGGUGGUUCGUGCUUGAGGUGGAAGGAUAUAGUGCUGUCUGGAAACUGAUAUAGAGAGCAUGUACUUCAUUCAUUGUGUUGUGAAAUGUCCCUUCAGCUUGCUCAGGAUGAAGAUAGCUCGGUUGAUGGCUUUGCAGUCGUUGAGUAUGAGACAGCAGAGCAGGCAGAGGAAGUCCAGCAAGGCACAGAUGGCUUGACUUUCAGAGAGAAGAGAGUGCAUGUUUCUUAUUGUGCUCCGGGAGCUCCAGGGCGUGGAACUCUUGCUACACUUAUAGCAGCACAACGCAUGGUAAGAGACUGUACCACACCACCACCCCCCCCGGGAAAAACAUGUGACAAAUGCAUUUAGGACACUGGACAUAAAAAACUGAAUUAUAUAUUUAUAUGAUGGCUGUAUCUUUGGGCAUGGUAGGCAAUUAGUGGCUUUGUUCAUACAUAGUACUGACCCAGGUCAUGAUUUAGCAAGAACGAACAAGUAUGCAGAUACCCACUCUUGACUUGGCAAGAAUGAACGAGCAUGUGACUACUCUGGGGGCAAAUCAUGGCUGCUUUGCUACUUAGCUACCAAAAUUAUGGCUUAGCAUUACGUGUGAACUUGUGCUCAUAGUUUGUCUCCCAGAAAGGAGUGAUGAGCAGUAAGCCGUGAACAAACUUUGGUUAAGGCUCAUGGUUUGUUGAGAGUGAGACAACCCGGGAGCCCAGAUUUGUGUGUAGAACUAAACCAAAUCAUUACUUAGUUCUGCGUAGCAUGGCAGCGACAGAAGUUGCGGAGGAGUAAAGUGGUUGUGGUUUUCUCCAUGGAAACUCACACAGCUACUCAUUCUUGCUAAGUCACAAUUUGGUUUACUUCUUAACUGGGCUCCUGAUAAAACUGUUCUUAGUUAUAAACACUGUGGUUUUCCCAGGUUUUCUCUCCCACCUUGUUUGCAUCACUAGCGUAUGAUAUGGUGAUUCUUGCAAUUUUUUUCCUGAACUACAAGCCAAUAAAAUCUCUCCUGAAAUUUGAGCCAAAGGCACCUGUAUAUAUGCCUAGAAUGUUCCCCUUGAUGGAUUAGGUCUAGCUACCUAAUUUUGUCUAAACUCUUUGGUAUUUAAAAACACAAAGGCCAGAGGGGGUGGUUAUUGAGUUUUGUCUGACGCUUCAGAGCACUGUAGUUAAGCAAUUUUGGAAAGAAUUGCUUCCAUAAGAGAGUGCUAUGCCAUGUUAAAAACAGGCGGUGCUAGUAGGCAUGGUACUGACCAAAAAGCGGAGAAGUAUACAACAAUUUCAGGAUAGUGGAGUUGGCUUAAUUUCAUGCUUGAUGAGGAGUGAGGCUUUCAUGCCUUGCUUGUCAUAAGAGAUUAUUCCUCGGAAUGUUGGGUAGCGAGGUAUUACUGGAAGUUGUGAUUUUUGUAUGCAGCCUUAGAUCAGAAUGAAUUCCACUGCGUAUGUAAUAGUGACUCACAAACUUCCUUAGGACAUAAUGUUCUUUUCCCUCUCACCCAAUUUUGAAUUUUCUGGCAAUGGCCAGUAUGACAUGGCAAUCGAAAGGAAGAAUGAAAGCAAUAGGUAGCACAAAUGAGUAAUGUGGAGUAUAAUACGGCUUGAUAAACAAAAGAAGAGCAAGAUGCCAUGUAGGGCAAAGCAACUUUGGCACUCGCAUACUGGACCUUGGUGCAAAAGCCUUGCAUAUCACCUACAUCUAGGAUGCCAGCCAGAUUUUUUUUAAAAUGAAGAACCUUGGGAUUCCAUUUUGCAUAUGAAACCACUGAAGCACAGCCCAAUAAUACCUCAAAAUGAGAAAAACAGAGUUUUAUUUUUUAUUAGAAUGUAAUGCCGACAUGCUGAGAAACAGGCUGCUAAAAUCUCAACUCCUUUGUUCUUGGAUGUGUGUGCUCGUGUAACCCACUGGUAACCCAUUGGAAAAUUGGAAAUUUUCCAGUUUCUGAUUUCACAGUCCUCUCACGAGGAGAAUUGGCUGUGUGACCAGGCCUUUCAUGGAGACUCUAUUUUGUUGGAACAGUUAAGAGUUCACUAGGAAGUUACACACAUACAAACAUUGAUUCCUUCAAAAUAAAAUGAUAUCAAUAGAUAAAUGUGCACUGAAUAAGAAAGAACCAUGGUUUUACACGGCCAUCUUUCUCAAGCUGGAACACUUUCACACUGGCAGUCAGGCUCAAUACCUUGAUCUGAAACUGGGAUCUCUUCUCACUGUGAGAGACCAUGGCCUGUGGCAGAGAAGCAGUGUGUUAAGCUGCAAUUCAGAUUGGUGCUAGUGAUCAGGUGGUCUUGUCUGAUAAAAUAUAUUCUCUAGUAAAAUCCAGUAUUGGUCUUAGUUCCAGAAGAGAGGAGCAGUUGGGCAAAUAUUGGCUGCUUGUUUUCUUGAAUUUUUAGACAGGUUAGACAUAUUUUGAUGUCAAGUACACACAGUUGGGUUGUGUGUGUCAAAGUGGUAUUGGAAUUAUGCUUCCAUACUUUGUGGAAAUUGGUGCUAAUUGAACUGUGCCUAAUGCACAAGUAUUGUUCCUCCUUCCUUUGGAAGUAAAUGUUUAAGGUUACGUGACUCAAUGCUCUCUAAUACCAAAUGGUCCCAAUUUUAAUCUCUGGCAACUCCAGAUAGGGUUGUCUGGAACCCUGGAAACCCCUGCCAAUUAAAAUUAGAUAAUACUAAGUCAGAUGGACCAAUCAUUUGGUGUGGUUUAAGGUUAUGCCUUGUGUUAAGGAUUAAAUAUAAAAUGGGCCCUGUUGAAAAGUACUGAAUUAACAAAGAAAGGUACAGUACAGUGAUGUGGAAGGAAGGAAAAGUUAAAAAGUGUCUAUAUCAGUGGUGUUGGCAGAUAUAGAAAGAUAUGAGUAACAUAAUCUAACCUAGUGAUUUGAUUGGUUGACAUGUAUUUUCAAUAAACAACGUAGGUUCUAUUUUUUAUAUAUAUUCAUAGAGUAGUAGUGAAAUAGUUAUGGGGACUUUAUGUUAUCUUUGAAUAUUUUCAUUGUGAUAGUACAUAGGUAGUUUUGUCUUUGGUUAAAUAUUUUCUUAGACCAGUUUUGAGUAUCUACCACAGCCUUUCUCAACUUUGGGUUCCCAUAUUUUGUUGGACUGCCACUCCCAUCAUCCAUAGGCAACAGGGGCAGCAGUCAGGGAUGAUAGGAGUAGUAGUCCAAAAACAUUUGGGAACCUGAGUUUGAGAGAGGCUUAUUUGUAAAAGACUAUCCGAGAUUACAGUUAAUAUUAUUAGCUUUGACAGUGCAUAUAAUUAAGACAGCCUGCUCAUCUUACUGUCUCUUAUCAUGACUGCUUGGAAGCCACAAAGUAAAAAAUAAGAUUGCCUGUUUGUAAAUGUUCAUGAAGUGAUGCCCCUUGCAGCCACAGAUCCUUACCUUUAAUAAGCAUAUACAGUGGUGCCCCGCAAGACGAAUGCCUCGCAAGACAAAAAACCCGCUAGACGAAAGGGUUUUCCGUUUUUCGAUGCGCUUCGCAAGACGAAUUUCCCUAUGGGCUUGCUUCGCAAAACGAAAAAGUCUUGUGAGUCUUGCGAUUUUUUUCGCUUCCCCCCCCCUUUUUCUAAGCCGCUAAUAGCCUUUUAGCCGCUAAGCCGCUAAGCCUUUAAUAGCCGCUAAACCGCUAAGCCGCUAAUAGGGUUGCUUCGCAAGACGAAAAAACCGCUAGACGAAGAGACUCGCGGAACGGAUUAAUUUCGUCUUGCGAGGCACCACUGUAUGCAGUAAUUGAAAUCUAAAUGGCUAGAAGGGAAAAUGGGAGCAUCUCUAGCCUCUGGCAGAGUUACAAAAGAUUCCUCAAUGUGUUCAGUCUUACAUGUGACUGAGAAGCUACUUGAAGUUCAACAGCUAUAUGCAAGCAACUCUGCUUUACAAAAUGAACUUUCUUCUAUCUUGGGAGAGAAUCUGACUUUUUCCCCUAUUUCUUUAUAAUUCAAGAUGAGGAACAACAGAAAAGGUUUGCUUCCUGAACCAAAUGCAGUGCAAAUUAUGAAAAGCUUAAAUACCCCAGCGAUGUUACAAAUGUUGUUGCAACCCCAGUUACAUGGAUGUUCGAAUAAACUUGGUAAGAUUUUUUAAAUAUAUCUGUCUGUCUCCGUCUCUAUCUAUCUAUAUCUAUCUAUCUAUCUAUCUAUCUAUCUAUCUAUCUAUCUACAGUAUAUCUGAAGUGGGGAAAAGUCUCCACCUUAGUAAUGGCUUUUGAAUACAGACUUGGUGUAUCAAAAACAGGUUCUGGGGCCACGUUCUUGUGAUCCUUGCAUUGCAUUGGCCCUAAUUCACAUAUCCUUGGAGGACCUCACUGCUUGCUUGCUUUAUAGAAACUAUCCAUUUAUUCCUGUGUUCUGACUCCUUGAACCAGUUACAGAUCCGUAAGAGAACUUGUCCUCCUCUUUUUCUUUGUAAAAAAUGCUUUCUGGAUCAUCCAUGGGAUAUACCGGUUGACUCUUCCGAAUACCCACAAAAGCUUUGGUGAUACUUUGCUCAGCAGGGUUUGUUUUUCUGUGUUUCACUAAUUCUAGCUUUAAUAUGUUUUCAAAAUUGGAACAUCAAGAAUUAGCCCGAUAGCCAUACUGCUGCAUAUUUGCUUUUCGUGUAGCAGCACAAGCUGUGUUGAGUGCUGCUCAAGUGAAAACUCAUUUCCGUGCCAAGCAGAGUGUGCAAAGUUGGCUUGCUCUGCUUUACCUCCAAAAGCUCAUGUGUGCUUUCCCUUUAUAUUAGCUAUGGCUGGUGCAUAAUUAAAUGCAACUGUACAGUUCUUAAGAAUCAAAAAGGAGAUUUUGUUUCACCCCUUUCAGAUUCUGCAUUGGCUUCCAUAGUCUUUCACCAGCAGAAGUAACUCUAAACUGUAUCAUUCUCUAAUUGGUGUGCUUUCUUCUUUGUGGCCAACUGGACAAAAACUGCCAGGACGUGUUCAUUGUUAUCAGCAUUCAAGGACUUCACAUUGUCAUUAAAUUGGGGGGGGGGGGGAGGAGAUAGGAAAAUUCGCACCUAAGAGGAAUUGUCAGUUUUGUCUGCAUGCUACUAAAUACAGUGGUACCUCGUGUUAUGGACGGGAUCCGUUCCGGAGGCCCGUCCGUAACAUGAAAUGCUCACAACUCGAAGUGCAUGGCACGAUUUGGCACUUCUGCGCAUGCGCGAGCAGCGAAACCUGGAAGUAACCCGUUCCGGUACUUCCGGGUUGCCGCAGGAUGUAACACGAAAAGACGAAACACGAGGUAUGACUGUACCAAAGCAAAUCCAAUGUGAAGUGCAAGCAACUGUAAGGCAUAUGAAGAAGUUUCAUUGGCCCAAUUUACAAGUAAUGCAAUGGUUUAUUGCUACGUGCAAAAGCUAAUGACAAGCCUAAGCAAAGCCUUAAACUUGAGCGCUCCACUCUUCCUUUCUUCUGUGUCUAUGAGACUAUACAAAUGUUGAGUUUCACUUUUCAUCUAGCUUGUGUCAUGUGAACCAGAUCUCUGGUUUAAAACAGACUGGUCAUUUUCAAAAUAAGACAUGUUCAAAACGUAGCUUUUGAAGGUAGCCUUGUUAACUAACCAGAGUUUGUGACAGGCCUUAAUCUCUGGUUUGUAUGCAACAACAAGCAGAGAUUCUAAGCUGAACUUCUCUGUGAGAGGAGGAGAGGCAAGGAGCCCUCGAUUUUGUUUGGGUUCAUUCCAACAAAACCAUGAUUUAGCAUUUUUUGCAAAUGAUGACGACUUAGCUAUUUACACAUCUAGCAGAACAAUUAAAAAAUAGCAAGGAAAUUGUGGCGUUUAUAGCAAUUAUUCAUACUGUUUAUAUAUACAGGCAUUAAGUGCUGUGGAUUUAUAAUAAAUAUGACAAUCUGUUUACUCUAAAGCAGUCCUUGGAGCUCCCAUGAGUGUGCCCCACCUUGUAAACCCAUCAAUCAACCCAGCCUUUUUGCAUUUCAACAAUGUUCAUCAGGUAUGUCUAUAAGCUGAUAUAAAAUAUUUUCACAAAGUAAUUUAAGUCAACAUGCACAGUGAGAAUUCACGUGCAGCUAAUGCAAAAUGUCAAUUGUAUGCUAGGGUUGUAGUCAAUAUAGCAUUAAGGGGAACAUUGCUUCAGUGCAAAUAUUUCUUCUUGUGCAAUGGAACAUUCUCCCCAUCCCCACCAGAUCUGUUACGGGGUUUUCCCCAACCCAGCAGAACAGAUUUGGGGAUGGCACAUGGAUAAGAAAGGAAGGAAGUUCCAUUGUGCAACUGGAUCUUACUUUGCUUGUGCAGCUCUUUAGUUCAGGCACCCCCGAAACUCUGCUCUCUAGAUCUUUUGAGACUACAACUCCCAUCAUCCCUGACCACUGGUCCUGUUAGCUAGGCAUGAUGGGAGUCGUAGUCCCAAAACUUCUGGACGGCCGAGUUUGCCUAUGCUUGCUUUAGUUGAAUACCACCUGUUUUCAUUGACUUCUCAUAUAAUAACAAUAAUAUAUUUUAUGAUCCACACUUCAGAAUGGAGUGCUGAAAUAUCGUUGGAAUUCUUACUCGAGUAUAAGCCGACUUUUUCAGCACAUUUUUAUGCUGAAAAAGCCCCCCUUGGCUUAUACUUGAGUGAGGCGGGCGGUGGCUGCGGAGGGACCAGCGGCCCAAAAGGAGCCCUUUCUCGCUGCUGGUACCGCCACCGCCACCCAUCUCUCAAGGGCAGGCACUGGAGCCAUGGUUGGGAGAGGCGCUGUGCCGUGCCUCUCCCAACCACGGCUCCUAUGCCUGCUUUUGCAAGCAUCAGAGGUGGCGGCGGGGGGAUGAGCUGCCCGAAAGGAGCCCUUUCAGGCUGCUCCUUCCUCCUCCUUUGCCGCUGUCAGCAGUGGAGGAGGAGGAACGAGCAGCCCAAAAGCAGCCUUUUCGGGCUGCUUGUUCUUCCUCCACUGCUGCUGCCACCACCAGGUUUGUGGUGUGGUGAACCAGCUUAUACUCGAGUCAAUAAGUUUUCCCAGUUUUUUGUGCUAAAAUUAGGUGCCUCGGCUUAUAUUUGGGUCGGUAUAUAUGGUAUAUCAUCUUACAAUGCAAUAGAAUAAUGCUUGCUUUCCUAAAUACACUCUCAAAAGAGAGAGAAAAGGCCCAAAUAUCACUGAUUUAUUCAUUAAACAGCAGACAAAGAAAAGGACCUGUUAAAAUAAAGCAUCUUUCAGUUAGGGAGAUGUUCAAAGCAUGACCUCAUUUUGAACUGUCUGAGACAGCAUGAAAUCUUGGGAUUUUUUACUUGACCCACAAUGACAGAUUGUUCUAAAGUUUGGAGGAGGGAGAAGUAAAGUAUAAACCAUAAAGCGAAUAUAGCGUUUCCCUUUAAAAUUCUAUUGUAUGGCUAAAGCAAAACACAUGCUAAGCCUCCAACUUGUUCUCUUAACAGACUGUCUAUAAGGAAACAUGAAUCUAAAGAUAAUAAGCCUUGUUUCACUUUUCUAGAAAUAACGCUGAAGCAUUUGGAUUUUUGUUUUUGUUUGUUUUCUAAACCAGAAGAGAGAGAGAAUAGGUAUAACGUUGAUUCGCACUCGGCAGAUCAGAGGGUCAGUCACACUUCUGCAUUUGGAAGUGUAACUGCUAAAGUUGUGUAGGUGUUAGCUGUUACCGCUAUUAUGUAGGACUUUUGUUUAUACCCUAAGAAAGUCUCCCCCCCCCCCCCGGGAAGUAUCACUGGAAACACAUGUUGCAUGGUUGCAUUUUAAAAAGUAACCCUUUCCCAAAUACAUGUCAUUGGUGUUCAUCUCUAUGGUCUUUGCCAAUUAUGUAACUGCUUUGCAAAGGAACAGGAAUGCCUUUCCUCAAAUGACAGUGAGGAGGCAUGUUUGACUGAUGAGGCUUGAGAAUCCAGCCUUGGAUUAGGUAUGCAACGACCAAACAAGGAGGUGCUUUUUCUUUGCAGCAGAAUUCUGCCCUGAUUAUACUUAACGGAAGAAUUAUGGUUUAAAUGAGUCAUUAAACUUGACCCAGAAAGAUUAAUUAAACUGUCAUAUAAUCAGCUAUAUUUUGUUUAACACCAUACUUGUGAUAUCAUUGCUGAAAGAUUUAUUUUUAUACUUAACUCCUGACUGAUUUAAAUUGCUGCAGCUUCUUUAGAAUCCAGUGGUUUUGUUUUUAUGUAAUUGGUUGAAGAAAGUUGGCAGCUCCCUUUAUCUGUGUUAUACUGCAGUUUACUUCCAAAUGUGUUUUUGAUAAAGUUGUUUUGUUUGAAGAAUGUAUAAGUCCAAUGUCAUCUAUUGAAACAAACGUUGAGGGGAGCGGGGGAGCAGAUUAAAUGCUUUGAGGUUCAAAGUGAUUGCUGCAGGGGACUUUAGGUAGUAUAAAAAAAGAAGGGAAUAGAUAGUUCUUCCAAUUUAUAAUGGAGACUAUCCCGAAUAAUAGAGUAACUUUAAAUAACCUCUUAACAGAAUUAUGAAUUGACAAAAGCAGAUAAUUAAUGUAGCUCUUGAAUUUACCUUUCUUUAAACUGAGAUUGUAGAGUUUUCUGACAGACAUAUGAAAAUAUUUCUUCUUCUGUAUCUGAAUAAUGCUGGUUUCAUAUAUAACUCAUUUCUCCCCUCCCACUUGAAACUGACAGGGACCAGUUCUUGGAAAUGCAUCUAGUUUGCUGCUACAGAACCUUUCCAAUUUACAGCUGGCACAACUAGCGAAGCUUGAGAAUAUUCAGACAAAUAGUGUGAGUUGAAAUCUUAGACUGACCAUAAUAAACCUGUAGUAAUCUCCUUUAGUCUAUAAUUCUGGAUUAGAUAGUGGGGAAGUCUUCCUCCUAGAGAAUGUUAUCUUGUUGCACACUAAAUGUUUCCUUGCUUCUUUGGUCUUCUGUUAAUCCAGUAGUAUACUCAAAUAAAUUACCUGCAUUUGAAAGGCUGAGAAACAAGUCUACUAAGGCAUCUCUUAAACGUAUGCAAUUCUUUUGUACUUCUUUGCAGAAACCAGGCUUGCUUGGAGAACCUCCAGGUGUGCUGCUUCAGACAAUGUUAGGAAUGGGUGCUGUGCCGUCAGUGACCACAGACAUGGGGAGUCACGGAGAAGCACGCAAUUGCAAGUAACAUUUCGAUUGCUGUUAUAGUAGCAAACUCCCGCUUCGAAAAUAUGCUUCUGACUCAGGUGGUGAACCUCAGUCCUGGAAGCCUAAUGCAGCUUUCCAGGCCCCUCAGUCUUGGCUUUCAGGACUCUUUCCCAGGGCAUAUUCCUUGGCCAUGGGUGGCCCUCUGUUUCAGGGUUAUGACCCUCAAUGGACCUGCUGCGCAAGUGCUUUUCUCUGCCUCGAAUGUGUCUUUGAACUGUGUAAAUGGCUCUUGCUUGCCGGAAUUGAACAAUGUUUGUGUGGAGGGGUAUAGGUGCAUGCAGAUACCUCUGACUUUUUAUGUGGUAGGACUGUAGCCUGUUGUAGAAUGCAGCCCACUGAACCAAGGUAAAGAGCCAUAGUCGUUGCUCCACCCACUUUUGCAUGUGGCCCCUGGAAGGUUGUCCAUGAGGGAAUGUGACCCUUGAGCUAAAAAAAGGAUUUCCCGCAGUGCAUAUAUAAUUAAGAACAGCAGCCCCUUUAGAUAGCAUGCUCUUGGCUUUGUUUUAGCAACUGUGUUAGAAACGAGAAUGUUUAACGAAGACAGUUUAUGGGUAGCUAUGGUUGUUUGCCAUGGCGGAUUUCAAAUACCUGGUGGAGGGACUGCAAUCCUGUUACAGGAUAAAGUUACCGGUAAAUAAUCAUAGAAUUGCAGAGUUAGAAGGGACCCUGAGCAUCAUCCAGUCCAAACCAAAUGCAGAACUAUGCAGUUGCCACAUACAGGGAUUGAACACGCAACCUUGGCCUGUGUGGAAGAAGGCAGCAGAAAAAACAAUGGGCGUAUCGCCAUGUAUUAAAUAUAUAUAUUGUCUUAAUGAAAGCUCCGCCUCCAGUUCUACCCAUGUUCCUUCAAGAGGCUUCCAUGUUUUGCAAUUCCCACUUCCUCUGUCACACCCUGUUUACUUACAGAGCAAUGAAUGUCUUUGGAAUGGGGGCAUGGGCGUAGCCAGGAUUUGGUGGGGCAGGACCAUCAUGAUUGGUCAGUUAAGUAUUUCUAUCGCUUUGCUUGAUCUAGGGUGGCAGCUGCCCCUCCCUGUCCCCCCUUGGCUAGUCCCAUGGCUCAGGGGUGGGGGUGGACGGACAGGAAACGGGGGCAGGGGCAGGAGGGCCUGAAGGAAAGCGUGGCUGGCACCAUUUUAUUGUAAGUCCAAAUUGUUUCCUCUGUAAUAAAGAGGAGGUGGACUGACAUACUGCUGGGCUGGAAUGGCCAGUAUGUGAUGGCAGUUCUGGAAGGAGUCUAUGUCUUACGUUCCUCUUGUUAGCAGAUGGUGGCCCUCAUAUUACUUGACAAUUCAGAUGUUUUAAGGUAUGAAGCGCCGUAGCUUUCUCCUUCACCACAGAAGAUUCUUCCUAAUGCUUUCUUGCCUAAGGCAUCCUCUUUUAAUUCUUCUCUGUGAAAUUUUAAAGCACAAGAUCCCCCUUUUCAGUCGCUAGCAACGGUUAAGGUGUAAGACCAGUUGUAUAAAUAGCAAAGUUAGAGAGUCUUUUGAGUUUUAAUGCAUUUCCUUGCCAGCCACUAGUAUUAUCUUUUCUGUUGCAAUCAUUUAAAUAGAUUUCUCAGUGUUUUUCACAUAAUAAACUACAUGAGCAUGAUGUUCUAGUAAUAAUUCUUGCCUAAUAUAGCUUCCUUUUUUUCCAUUUAUGGUUGGCUGCGCAGUAUCUAAUCGGACUGCAGCUCAAACGCCGGUUGCAACAGGGAUUGGCAUGUUGCCAUUCUUUCCAAAUCAGCAUGUAUCUGGACAAGCAGUGCCAAGGCAAAACAACACGCAGGACAAGCUGUCAACCGCAGUAGGACUGACAGAAGGCACUGGCUCAGGGUCCCAGGGUUACCUGCAAAGCUUACCAAAUGUCGCUGCUGGAGGCUUACGGGCGGGACAUCUCAAGCAACAAGGCCAGGCAAAGAGCCCAGAUUCAAGCUUGGGGGUAAGAAGUUGAGUACAUUAUUUUGAAAAAAAAAAUGUUUUUAAAACUUGUUUUUACUGAUAACUUUGUUUUAUUAUCAUUGUAAACUGCUUCAAAUUUAUUUUGCUUCUCUUUACAUUCAAGAGGUGUAUAAAUUUUGUAAGUUCAGUACAGUCGUACCUUGGAAGUCGAAUGGAAUCCAUUCCGGAAGUCUGUUUGGAUUCCAAAACAUUUGGAAACCAAAGCAUGGCUUCUGAUUGCUUGCAGGAAGCUCCUGCAGCCAAUCAGAAGCCCCACUGGACGUUCAGGUUCCAAAGAACGUUUGCAAACCGGAACACUCACUUCCGGGUUUGCAGCAUUUGAGGGCCAAGGUGUUUGGGAUCCAAAGUAUGACUGUAUUGCAGUUCCAUUCGGGUGCUGGUGUUGUUAAAGUCCAUAGGAAAUAACACCUUCAUGUAAUAUUUCCAUUACUGCUCAUUCUUAAUUUCACAUGGAUUUAAAACCACUUCUCUUAUUCUUGCAGGAGAUGACAUGUUAGUGCUGUUUAAUAAUAACUACCCAGCUGAAAUUUUAUAUUUGUAAUUAUUCUGUGUGGGGGUUUUAUUGUGCAGCAGAAUCUGAUGUAUAGAUAAUCAAUGUUUCUUUUAUAAUGUAAAGUAUAUUAUAUUUAGUUAAAAUUUCAAAACAGUGCAUUGGGACCAGUGCAGAGAUAAUUAAAUGGGCUUUCUAAACUGCAGUUAAGAAGAGUUAGGUCACGAUAUCAUCAGCACUUUACAUUGAUUGCAUUGAAUUCCACUGCCUAUAUUAACCACAGUGCAACACUGCAUUAUCAUUGCCAGUGACAUUAACUGCAAUUAUCUGAAACAGGCUUAAAUAAACGAACGAACAAAUGAAUGCAUGAAUAUGGCUAUGGGUCAUGGAUGCUUUUGUUGUGAUUCCUGCAUUCCAGGAGGUUCGACUAGAUGACCCUCAGGGUCUCUUUCAACUACUACAACAACAACACAACAAACCCCCAUAAAAUCUUAACCAAGAUUUGAAAUCUAAAUUGAUUUUAGUCAUAUCAAGAGUGUUAUGGAGAGGGAAGAGUGUUUAUUCUUGGGCAAGGAAUAAAUGCAGGUUACUUUGGAAACACAUUUUUAACUGGAGCCUUUUUGCAUUAACAUAAUUUCCAUGUAAGUGGUGGUUUGCAAGACGUCCGCUAGGAGUAAAUAGAUGUAUUUUUUUGCUGUGUUGAUACAAACCUGACCCGUGGUUCUUCCUUUGUCUUUCAAGAAACAAUGACUGGAAAGUGAGGAAGAGUCAUACAAUUCUUAUCCAUUCACGCCUUAUGCAUACACAACUUAUGAAAAUUCAGAGUGGGGGCAAGAUUCAAUAUGGCGCCUGUAAAUGAAAUGCAACUUCCUCUUGCUCCUCUCCCCUGUCCUGCUCACAUCUGGGUGUGUCUCCCAACCCACCAGAGAAUGCAUAAAUGAGGAUAAUGUAGUGAGGAAGAGUUGUUGUCAUUUAGUCAUGUCCGACUCUUCGUGACCCCAUGGACCAGAGCACGCCAGGCUCUGUCUUCCACUGCCUCCCGCAGCUCGGUCAAACUCAUGCUGGUAGCUUCGAGAACACUGUCCAACCAUCUUGUCCUCUGUCGUCCCCUUCUCCUUGUGCCCUCCAUCUUUCCCAACAUCAGGGUCUUUUCAUGAGGUGGCCAAAGUAUUGGAGCUUCAGCUUCAGGAUCCAUCCUUCCAGUGAGCACUCAGGGCUGAUUUCCUUCAGAAUGGAUAGGUUUGGUCUUUUUGCAGUCCAUGGGACUCUCAAGAGUCUCCUCCAGCACCAUAAUUCAAAAGCAUCAAUUCUUUGGCGAUCAGCCUUCUUUAUGGUCCAGCUCUCACUUCCAUACAUCACUACUGGGAAAACCAUAGCUUUUACUAUACGGACCUUUGUUGGCAAGGUGAUGUCUCUACUUUUUAAUAUGCUGUCUAGGUUUGUCAUUGCUUUUCUCCCAUGACAAGGCAGUGAUCCAUGAAGGAGGGUGAGGAAGAGAGGAAAGGUUAAAUCCCAUUUAUAGAAGCAGAAGUCCACUGCACAAACAGGAUAACACAGUUGAAUAUUAUUCUUGGACCCUUUUGUUUUGUUUUGUUUGUUUCUAUACCCAUUUUCUCUCUUCAUCUUCACAUAGGCACCCACCCUAAACAGCUGAUUGCCAUAAUGCUGAUUUACUGUUUCCUUCCUUAUAUAGGAUUAUAGAAUUGCAGCCUGAAUCUCUUCAGCUCUUUGGGUCUAUGUUAUGAGAAGUAAAAUUUCCCUAAUAGGAUGUUUAAUUUCAAUAUCUGUUCAAAAUGUAUUUUUUUUUAUGUUGUUCAACCUUUAGUAGAAGUGUCGAAUUUUAUUCACUUUUUACUUCAGAGUUCUUCAAAAAACCAGACCUCUCUGCUGGGAGAACCUCCCAAGGAAAUCCAUCUGAGUACCAAUCCCUACUUGAACUUAGCAAGUGUGCUGCCUUCAGUCUGUCUUUCAGGUAAGCAGGUAACCGGUGCCUCUGAAGGUUUUCUCAAGAGGGAGAGUGUGGUUACUGUAGUUGUAAAUAAUGCCAGCGACCGCGGUAUUUCAAAUUACUUAAAAAGAAAUCAUUUUAAGAAGAUUACCAUUAAAAGAAAAAAUUAUCAGGUAUUCUGGGCCAAGGCUGUUUAGGGCUUUAAAGGUCAGCACCAACACUUUGAAUUGUGCCCGGAAACAUACUGGGUACCAAUGUAGUUCUUUCAGGACCGGUGUUAUGUGGUCUCGGCGGCCGCUCCCAGUCACCAGUCGCAUUCUGGAUUAAUUGCAGUUUCUGGGUCACCUUCAAAGGUAGCCCCACGUAGAGCGCAUUGAAGUAAUCCAAGUGGAAGAUUACUAGAGCAUGCACCACUCACCUUCACUGGAUUUUGCCUUCUUAAUCUAAUUUCAUAUAAUCAAACUAACUCAUCCACGGUCUCAACUAAACUGUGUGUCUGGAACACGUUACAUUGCACAUAACAGUCAGUGUCCCACCUAUUUAACUCCAAGAAAAUGCUGAUAAUGAAAGCCAAAAUACUACAUGUUUUGUUGACUUGCCAAGCGGCAGCAGGGCCCACCCACUUUGGAUUAGGCCCACGGGUGAGGUGGGGGGAGGGGGGCGUGUAUCUUAAUUCUUCCUGUGCACACCAAAGCCUCCACUCCAUGAGCUGCUAUUAGUUGCAAGGGGAAACGUGUGUCUUAAUUUAAUUCUGCUAGUUUUGCCUCUGCAGCUAAUUGCAACUAUGCGUGUGUGUGAGUUUCAGAACUGCAAUAGGGUAGGGUACAGUGGGACAACCCUCACUGAAUGCCCAUAGUCCCAGUUAAAAAUGGGAGCCCCCUACAGCUGUUUUUACAGAAAGGAUUUACUUGGAAGCACCAAAAACAAAGCUCCAACAUAAUAUGCAGUUUAGCCCUAAGGCCAGAGCUUACCCAUUAUGAGACAAACAUGGGGGUUUCCAUCCUUGUGCAAAUGCGCAGAGGUGGGGAGGCAUUUAUGGUGAGAAUUGGCAGUCCUAGUGCUUUGCGUAUUCCACUGAUCGUUCACCACAAAUGCUCUAUGCCAUUUUUAGCUCAUUUUCUCCCAGCUAGGUUCCUGGCUGAGGGGAAAACAGCCUCAAGAGAGCAUUUGCUCCUUACCCCCUGAUUCUCCUCUACAAAAAGCCUCUGAGCCUCUGCAUUUGAUCUGGCCUGGUGCCUUACCAUCUGUCUGUCAUGCUCCCUAUAUAUCGGAAGUUGAGGAACUGUGAAUCCCAGUUAUAACUUAAGUAAAUGACUACAACCUACUCCUUUAAAUCAGAACUUUUUAAUCAGGAACCUAGGGCUCCAUGAUGAUACAGAAGCAUAUAUAGAAGGCAGAAUAGUAGUGAAAAGACAGGAAAAAAGUUUUAUACAAACUUAAAUGUCUGCUCUAUCUCUUCCCAAGUGUUGGUAGAGGCUUCCAAUCAAGGCCUAGAUUCUGAUAUUAAGAGUUAGUCAGCAAAAUUGCCCUGUUCUGUAUUACUGCCAGAAUUUCAUGGGAACUUAUACUUCAAUGAAGAAUAAGAUCUUCAAUCAGGGUGAUAACCAAGUGCUCAACAUCACUCCUUCCUUUUUCAGCCUAGCUUUGGCCUUUGGGGCUAUGGAUUGAUGGUGAACAUUCUGUUUUAGAUGAAGCCUUGUUUUCGAUCUUAAAGGACAUGUAAGAAUGCUUUUUUUCUUUUUUGAGCAGCAGCAAUUGCCAGCAAAUCCAGUAAUACUAAGCAGCAGGCCGGACUUUCAAAUAACUCACUCAGUGCUGCAGCUGCUCAGGGAACCACAGCGCAACAACCGGUGGAAAGCUAUUUUAACUAUUCACCGCAGUAUGAGGAUUACACACAGGUAUGUGGCUUGAAUAUGGUUUCAUUGCAGCUGGUGGCUGUGUGUUUUGUUUGGGUCAGAGUUUGUUAUAAAAGCAUGACUGGGUUCUAGGCAGAUGAUCAUUUAAGGAGACCCAUAAAUUAUCAUGCAUUAAAAGCAUCAGACAGUGAGUCAGAUUUCUAGCUGGUAAAUGUUUUGUGUGAUGUAAGGGAUGGUAUAAGCUUUGGAAUACCAUUCACAGAGUCAUGAACCUUUCUGUGCAGGAAAGUGAUAAAGUUGAAUAAAAUGGUUUAUGUGUCGGUUUUGAAUAGAACAUUAAUGGGAAGAGUGUAACUAUUACCUGUCUGCAUUUUGCCACUUUUUUAGUUCUUGUGAAUUUGCUUUCUUCUAAAGUGCCUGGUCUGCCUUGAGUGUGUUGCUGCUAAUUGUGGAAACUGUUGACAGCAGGAUUCUGUAGGUCUCUGCUGGCAGACAAUCCUGCUGUCAACAGCUUUUCAUACAUUUAAUGGGAGUAGACACAAAUGGCACCAUUUAAUAUGGAAGCACAGUGAGGCAGAUGAUUCUAAACUGGUGAGGGGCUGCUAAUAGUGCACCUGGAACCACAUGGCAAAGUAUGUCCUGUAGACCCAGUACAACUCGAGAGGGAUCACCAGCACUGUUUUCCAUUCAGGAAGUUUCUGACACUGAUGAGAAGUAGCUAUGGCAUGCAGACACACAUGUACAACACUGUUUUAAGGCUUGGGGGAAGUUGAUCUAGUUGAGCUGCUACAGCAGCUUAGUUUAUUGAAUCCUGAAAGAGAGAAUUAAGAGCAUUUGAUAAUCAGCUGGUUUGAUUAAGUUUCUCACUGGCAUUUCUCAUAAUUUAUUUAAUCCACGCCAAAAGUGCUGAACUGUGAAUGUUGCUGGGAAAGCCGCCUUUUCCUCUGUGAACAUGGGGCUGAAUUAGCUUUUACCAGACCAGCCCCCCUCAAAUAAAUACACUGUAGCUACUAGCUUGUUAUUGAUUAUGCAAGCCAGGGUGCAGCAAAACUAACGAUUAAUUCACCAAAUACAGCAUUUAUAAAAUAAAACAUAAUAAAAUAUAAAUUUAUUCAUAUAAAAAUUGAAAUAACAAGCAUUCUAAGUAAAUUCUACCUUAGCUUGUGAUGAGUGUUGCUAAACAGAUGGCAAGACUUGGAUUUAGUCUUCUGUUUUAACUCAGUUUAUCUAACCUGCACAAAUUCUAGUUGGCCUUUCAUCCUCUUCUUUAUUAUUUUCUGGACAGUCAGUCAGUAUACAUAAUAGAGGCCAACAGGUCAUUAAAAAUGGCUCUCAUGACAACUUCAGCCUGGUUGGUUUUCAACUAGUCUUUCAAAUAUUUUCAAAAGCCAGAGUUUAAGUCGGUUCGUGUCACAUUGACAUUCUCAUCCAAGUGUAUAAAGACAUUACAACCUGUUAGCCAAGAAGCAUUAUUUGCUGUAAUACUCAAAGUUAUCUUUCAGCCAAGACACAGGAUUUUACAUUUGAGAAAUACAGAUAGGCACGCAAGGGCAGAAACUUGGAUGACUGCAACAACAGUUACACUAAGUAAGGUCCUGAGAACAGGAUGCUGGAAUAGAUGGGCAAGAAUUUUCUUAUGCUUUGAGCUGUUUUCCACAAAUCGAAAUUUGUCACAGGGACUGUAUUGGUUUCUUUCUAAAUUAAAGGAUGUGCCUAAUAGAUGGAGCCAAUCUAUUAAUUCUCCUGUAGUUGUGCAAAUUACUGCAUAAAUUAUAGGAUUAUGAUUGUCAAAAUAUCUCAAAACCCUGAGUAUUAAAUAUUUUCCAGUACUUCCUGAAAAACCUUUAAGUUAUAAACCUGUUAGAUAUUUUUGGGGGACUAAAGCUGAUAAAUCAAGGAAUCAACUAGGUAAGCACAUAUAAAAACACAAAAUAUUGCUGAGUGAUUAGCUAUAGGAAAUGAAAGAGAAUAAGUAAGAGGGAGCAGAGAAAGCACCACCUUAACUUUCUCUUGCAUUCAGAUGGAGCAGAUUGAUCCAGAUUAACAAAAACAUGCAUAUGUAUUUGUUUUUGCAAAGCUUGUGCUUUUAAUAUCUCAUAUUAAUCAUGGUGCGAAAUUGCAGAAGUUGAUAAAUUAAAAAUUGCCUUGUCUUUUGCAGGAUUCAGUCCAGCAGUGGUAUCAACAAUAUGCCCAGGCAUACCAUACCAUCCAAACUAGAGUAGGGGAAUUAGAAAAUGGUGGCUCAGAGGUAAGUGGAUGAUGAUUCAGUAUGCUUCACCAGUAGCCUAUGUCAAGGUUGUCAGUAAACAAGGCUAGAUUUUGAAAUUCAACCAAACUAACGAGAUUACAUAGCACUUCUUAUAAUUUUCUCCCUGAAGUUCUUUCAGUAACCAUAUUUCAGAAUCUUCAGGACACCUGUGUGCCAUGAAGUAACCAAACACUAUUUGAAUAAUUUUUUUUUUCUUUGCAAACUUGAGCUUAUCCUUCUUAAAAGGUGGGGGGGGGGGCUAGGCAGUGUGAACCGUAGAAUUCUGAAUUUCCCUUUUUGUGGGAUUCUUUUCAUAAAUGAAAAUUAUCCAGGGUAUUUAUAGGAUAGGUAUUUGUUGGUAGUAGAAACAUUCCUUUAAUGGAAUGAGGUGCAUUCCUCUUAUGUUCAUGAUCUGCAUUUAUAAUUGCUUGAGUUUUCCUUUGCUGAUCUGGGCACAGGAAAUCAAGAAAAUUGUUCAUUGGGCUCUAGCAAAAUCUCAAUACCAUUGUCAAAACGCCUGUAAUUUUAGGGAAGCAUUUUAACAAGGUGAUGUAGCAAAGGUUACAGCAUCUGAAAAACAGAAUGAAUUGGUUUUCAUUGGUGUUUGGGGUAGAACAUCUCCCAAGUUUGGUACUGACCAUGUUUCUGGCUCAGAAGUCUGAGGAAAAAAAUACACUCUCCCCAAACAGUAAAGGGAGAUUCUCAGAGAUACUUUGCCUUUAAGAAACUUACACUACAGUGGUGCCCCGCAAGACGAAUGCCUCGCAAGACGAAAAACUCGCUAGACGAAAGAGUUUUCCGUUUUUUGAGUCGUUCCGCAAGACGAAUUUCCCUAUGGGCUUGCUUCGCAAGACGAAACGUCUUGCAAGUUUGUUUCCUUUUUCUUAAAACCGCUAAGCCGCUAAUAGCCGUGCUUCGCAAGACGAAAAAAACCGCAAGACGAAGAGACUCGCGGAACGGAUUAAUUUCGUCUUGCGAGGCACCACUGUACUUUUGAAUACAGGCAACAACAGAUUUGUGUGUGUCCAUUUGAGGUGUGACUACACACGUGCACAUCGCAGAGACCCGGAAGUGGUAGGAAAAGCAGGCACAGUCAAAUGGGCUUAUGCACCCUCUUGCUGUCACACAUCAUGACCUGGACUGCAACCCCUGCGCAAAUUGGGGGUUGCCUGCACAUUGAUACUCUCCUCUUUCUGUCACAGAAUUUAUGAUUAAUCGUUUCUCCCGGAAAUAUGUCUCCGUUUCUGUUCAGUGGCCAGCAACCGUAGUGUUUCCCUUUCUGUGUUUUCUCCGUGUAGGAAUCUGAUAGUGGAGUGUAUGGGGACUUCAGUAGCUACUUGCAAGUCAUGCCAUCGUAUUACGCUGCCACCCAGGGGUCCUUCCAUCCAGGCAUUUUGCCACUGGCGCCUCAAAACCCACUGAAGGUAAGAGGAAAGAGUUGGCACGCAUAUUCCUGAAGCGGCCGAUAAAUUACACUACACAUCUGUGAUGGAUAGCCUUUCAGCAUUCUCAUGUAUUUUUAAAUAGUAUGCAAAUGAGAAAUUUCGUUAGGUACAGCUUUCCAGAUGCAGUGGAUGAGUAGGAUGAAAGUGCAAUAAAUAAAUGAGCUAGAAUUCCUUCACACAUACAUAUGAAAUGUAGUCAAAUUUUUAUAUUAUAGAGAGAGAGAGAGAGAGAGAAGCAGAGAGACCAAUUUGGAAAAGUUCUGCAUACUAGUCUGUUUCUCUGUUGGCACCUACAUGUUGCUAGGUUGAUGUCUUGUGCUGCCACCUAGUGUUCAGAAAAUGCAUAAUGCAGCUUAAGAAUUUGUCAGGGCUGCUAUACAAAGUCUUUAACUGCACACACAUUGCUGUAAUAAUGGAUUUUUAUGAUGUUUAGAUGGCACCAAUAAGAAAUGAAAAGCGGGGCUCUUCGUACCUCAUCACCACUCCAGAAGAUGGCCCAGUGGAAUACGUUGGUCAGCAAACUCAGGGCUCGGGAGUACAUUAUGCAGAAUUGUAUCUUAAAAGAAAACGUGUUUAUUAAGAUCAGCAUCUUGCUUGGAGUCAAAGCCACAUUCAUGUCAUCCUUACCUUUCACUUUUAAUAUGUAUUGUAGAUAUUGGAGAACCAAUCUAUGUAGUUUCUCUGAGUAAAUUUGUGUGUGAGGAGCUACUAAUGGCAGAUACCCUCCAGACUAGUUUCUAUACAUUGAGUGACAAUUAAGUUAUUUCUUAAGCUCUUAAAGAAAUGGCAGCUUUGCCCCCUUGAGAAUGUUUCUCGAAGCAAUAAAAUAAGAGUGAGAGGAAAUGUUCUUGCUGGGGAAGUUGCAGUGGUAGUCUUAAAGAAACAAUUGUGCUGGGUUUUUCCUCCUUCAAAGAUUUAGAUUCCUGGCUGCAAAGUUAAGUUCAUGUUUGAUCCUGAUAGCAAUAUUCCUUUAUUGGCUUUAAUGGGGCUUGCAUAUUGGAUUACAGCCCAGACAAUGGUUAGGUUGAGUAUAAUCAUUGCAGUACAGUCUAGUCAAAGUAGGCAGAUCUUUUCUGGAUUAAAAAAAUAAUAAAAUAGCAGUUGUAGCUGCUAAAGUGGAAGUACGCUAGGAAGAUAUCAACACACUUCAUUAAAAUAAAUGGUUGCUGGCAAUACCAAGUGUGCAUGACAAAAUUUCCAUGAAGAGAAUUGAUACUAGCUGUGCAUUUAUAGUCUUAGGCUUCUAGGUCUAUUUCUUGUUAAUUGGUUUCUUUGGGGGAAAAUAAUGUGAAUUUCCAUUUAGUAUCCAGUGGAACUGAAUGCAUUGCUAUCUUACUGACUUGCAUUUAGUUUAAGGAUCUAUCUGCUCCACACCCUUUGUCUAUACUACAGUACUCUUGAUUAAUCACUGCCACCUUGGAAAUUCUUCGGUAUCUUUCCUUGCAGUUUAUAACCAUGGCAAUUAUUUGUGUUCACUGGAACCGGGUGGAAUGUGGUAUAUUCAUGCUUUUUGCUGGCUUUUAAUUUAUUUCUAACUAAGAUUCACAGAAAGCUACUUUCCUGUUGUUUGAAAUAACCAAUACAGCUGCCAUUUUCCAUAGUGACCCCAAUUUGUAGGUUUUUGUUUCUGAAGUAAGAUUUAAAAUGUAUGAGGCCCAGCAUUAGCAAUGGUAAAAUCUGCAGUGGAAGGUUAUGAAGAAAUGUACAUCAAUGAAGGCAGCAUAGCUUGUCUCCAGUGAAGAGAAAUCAAGGUAAGCCUGAUUGAAAUCCAGUCAGAUUUAAAGUUAGGUGCAGUUUACAAGUUUCUUGAUUAGGAGGCUGUUAUAUAAAACUAAUAUACAUUAUUCAGAAGUAACAGAACGUCAUAGCGAGAUUUUUCUUCUCUGUGUUUAGUAUUAUUCACAUUGAAUGUAUCUUUUCUGAGCAAUCAAUUUCUCUGUAAAUAAAUUGGCAAGCUACACUGAAGUAUAAAGCUGGCGUGGCUUAUUGUGUGCUCCUGAAGGUACAUUGUGAAUGUUUUGGAGGGGGGAAAGGCCUGUUGUGAAGCUGAGAAAGGGGAGGAGUUGUGUCCUAUGAAUGCAUAGUCUUGUGGCACAUUUUAAAGACACUUAGGGUGCUAUAAAAAGCAAGCCAUGUCAAAUAUCAGCAGGGCUACCUUUCUGAAAACUUGAUUUGUUGAGCUAGUUGAAUAUUUGUAACCCUAGUACAUGACAACUCUUUUCUUGAAAAGUCAGUGAUCCCCUAAAGUGUAUGUGUGGUAUUGUUAACAUGACUGGAGGUCAUAUUGCUUGAAUUUUUAAGUUUGUUGGACAGGCUGGGCAACCUCCAGGCACCAUAGGUUACCCCUCACCUCUGACCUAGAAGCGCUGCUCUAUUUAAUUCACGUUGUACUUAUGUACCAACCUAUUUGCACAGUAAGGGCCCAGAUUUUCACAGCAAACUGGCUGCCAGUACCAGUGAGGUUAUAGCUGGCACUGUGAUUCUCCCAACAGUUUGACUUCACCUUUAGAGGUGCACUCAAGACAGCCAACACCCCUUGAGAAAUGUUGUCUCAGCUACGAAUGAAGGCAAUGCGUUAAUAUUAAUUGAUAAAAUCUUUAUUUUUUAUAAAGAAUAACAAAGUGCAUACAGAGUACAGUGGGGGGAAACAGGCAGGAUUUGCAAGAGGGUUCUUUACUUGAUAGCAUUUCUAAUUUGUUACACAUUACAUUAUUGCAAAUUCUGAAUAAUUCCUGAAAAGCAAUAUCUGACUUUAGGAAAAAGACUAGCCUCCAAAUUAGUCUUCCAUCUGUUAAGACAAGCAAAUUCACAGAGUAAGGCAAUGCAUGCAUUCUGGCCCCAGAGCUUGUACAUGACUCUCUCUUCAUUGCAGAACAUACUGAAUCCUACUUCUUUUAUAGCAAGUGCACAAUGCAGGAAUAAUGUACAUCCACCCCCCUACUCCAGGUUCGCAUAUGUUAUCUCUUGUAAUAUCUUCAUUUACAGAGUGUGCAUUAAAAUCCAUGCACCAUUCAGCCUUGCUGGAGAAAUGUCUUCAAAACUCACUAUUCUGCUUAAUUGUCACUUGCAAUCUGUUACCCAAUAAAAACCCCAAAUGUUGUCAUGCUUCAGUGGUCUUUCCCCUGACAUUAUUUUUGCACCCCUAAGAUUAUGAGAAGGACUGACUUCUGUGAUGUAGAAAUUUUGGACUAGAUCAGAAUGCUCCAGGACAAGGUGCCAAUGGUGUCUGGAUUUUAAUGAAUAUACUAAAAGCAAAUGCUACAAAUAUAUAUCAAGAGGGAGAAACAAUGCUGCGAUGACAGGAGUUACUUCAGGUUUGCUGAACACAAACCGCUUUUGCGAGUUGAUGCAAGCUCAAAAAGUAGCUUGGGAUGUGUGGCACAGAUCCAAAGUCCCUUUGUGUGUAGGACAAAACUGGUGUUGGAUUCCAACCAAAGUUAUCUAGCACACCUCCUUAAUAUUCAUUUUUGAAUGCUGUCAAUAACAUUUCUAUUUAUCUGCCAUGAUUAACAUUUUGUACUGUAAUGACAGCCACUACACUGUUUGGAAAUCAUCUUUUGCUCUCUAAUACAACAUGAUUCAAACUUUGUAUAGGCACCUAUCACUUAAAGUACUUGGCCCAGCAGCUGAGAUCCUACAGGUAGACCCUGUUGGCACAGAUAUAUAAACUGGCAAAAUGUUCAGCAAUGUUCUCUGCUGCUUAUCGGACUCACGUGUUGGCUACUCAAACAGAAAAACCCUUUUCAGACACAACAUUACCAAAGUACAAAAUUACACUAGGUAAUAAAAAGGCCUUGUACACUUUUCAAAACAUUUAAGUGGCAAGUAUAAAAUGCAUGGAUUACAUUUUUUGGAUAAGUGCUUCAAAUCCUUGAAUCAGAUUGUGAAAGCUUGUCCGCUCACCUGGGUCUUGAACCCAACACUUCCCCAUCAGUUGGUUAACCUAGUAAAUGAAAAGGGUACGUUAUGGCUUACACAUCGAAAGAUUCAGACAUUAAGUUUGUGUCUACAUAUACAAAUUGUGAUUAAAAGAGCUUUUUCCUGUGAAAGCUCAUAAACAUCAAGCUGAUGGGAAUUUGCUCAACACAAGACAAUGCAUAAUAAUUCUUAAUGCCUUACCUCUGGUGGGCAAUUUUUAGGACAUGGCAAACGUUUGCCUUCUCCUAAUACCCGCACAAGCCGUGUCACUGUCAUCUGGCCUUGAGUUGGUCCAAUCAUAUUCAGGAAUUCCUGUAAGUUAUGAAAACCCACGUUUAAUCUCAUUUCUCUAUUAGUAAAAGGGUACGGCUGGGCUGGGUGCAAGAGUCAAGGGAGAGGGUAGGAGUGGUGCCUGCUUGAUGACAAGGGCCCAAAGAUAGGUAGCAGAACCUUGGACUAUUGGUGUGGAGGUGGGUGAAGAGAGGUUAACGGUGGGGGGAAUAGUUGGGAUAUGUACAGUGGUACCUCGCAAGAUGAAUGCCUCGCAAGACGGAAAACUCGCAAAACGAAAGGGUUUUUCGUUUUUUGAGUUGCUUCACAAGACGAUUUUCCCUAUGGGCUUGCUUCGCAAGACGGAAACGUCUUGCAAGUUUGUUUCCUUUUUCUUAAUACAGUUGCAACUUGACUUCGAGGAGCAACUCAUAGAACGCGGUGUGGUAGCCUUUUUUGAGGUUUUUGAAGACUUUGGUGAUUUUUGAAGCUUUUCCAAAACUUUUCCGACACCGUGCUUCGCAAGACGAAAAAACUCGCGGAACGAAUUAAUUUCGUCUUGCGAGGCACCACUGUAUGCAUGCACAGCUGCCAUUCCAAAGACCAGCAAUGUUGGGUUGUACAUAGGUAGAAGGGGAGGGAGCAUGGGCACUGGGGUGGAGGGUUACGAUAAAUGGAAUGCAAACAAAAGCAAGCAAGUCAGCUUUGCUGUAGAGACCUAUGCGGAUUACAGAAACCUGGGGAGACAAACUGGCAGAAUCCAGGCUUCAGUUUAUUGAAUGAACCCCUCCUUCCCUCUUUGUUGACCUGUUGUGUCUAGCUAACCAAGGAUUGGGACGCCCAACCCCUUAGGAACAGUUUCACAUCUUUGCAAAGGAUGGACCCCUAAAAGUGAAAUUUCCCAAAAUAGAGAGGGUGUGUGUGUGUUAGUUACACAUCUUUGUCUCAUUAGACAAAAACGAGAACCAAGUGUCCUCCAGGUCAAGCUCAGCACAACUUUAAAGUACAGGGAGCCUGCGCUUGGAGAGUUUUAAAGGCACCCAAAGAGAAGUUUAAGAACUGGUAACCCAAUUUUAUAAUGACUAUAUCCAGUGCUUUUUUUUUUCCAGGAGGUACUCAAAGAGGUGCAGGUAGUGUAUACCCUUAACUGUAACAACUUCAUGGUGAGUACUGGCACCUAUUUGUCUAGAAAAAAAAGCACUUGCUAUAUAUAUCAAAUUGCUUUCUUAAGAUCCCUAGACAACCUAGAAGUAGUAAUGGUUCUCCUGUGAACAUAAAUAACUAGUUUCAAACAGAAAUCAUGGGACCAUCUAUAUAAAGUAUGAUCAUUUUCAUCAAAUAAAAGGUCUAUGUUCAUCCUUUCAUUUCAUCCCAACUUAAGCUUAGGAGUUUCAUAAGUGCUUCGGGGGUGGGGUGGGGAAAAUCAUUUUCAGACAGUGAACAACAUUCCCCUAAAUGCAGUGUUAUCCAUGUAUGCACACACUUAACUGCCCUGAAAUCUGGGACUUUUAAAGAUUAAGGGGUCCUUCCCCCCCCCCAUAAAGCACUUACACACACUUUACUCUUAUUUUGGAAGACAGCAUAUGGGAAAGAAGUUUUCCUUUCACAGCUACUUACUGCCAUUGGACUGCAUGCAGGAUCACAAUAGGUCAGUAGCUCAUAGAGGGUCACUCCAAAAGACCAAACGUCUGAAGCAAUGUAGAAUUUGCUCUGCAGUAAGCAUUCAGGAGCAUACCUGUAACCAUAUAACACUUUCAUUUACUUUGGGUACAACUGCGGCACAAAAAGCCAAAACUUACUUUGCAUCAUUAAAUAGUGGAAUUCUGGAUAGUGAUGUUGCCGUCGCAACAGAAACUACUAAGAUGACUCCAUAUGCUUCACACAAAAGUAUUAUGCAUCAAUUGAACAAACAAGAAACAAACAAAUAUUGAAAUAAUUAAAGGUAGGAGAAGAUUGUAAAGAGAAACAAAUAUCAAAGUAAGGACUAAUCUACACUGGUCAGUUAAAAACAUUAAAAACGUGUUAUAAAAAUGUGACACCAGAAGGCGCUGUAGAGCAGUGAGCCAUCGUCAAUGUAAAAUUGCAUUGAGAGCUUAUACUACUUUUUUAAUAGUGUUUUCCAGAUCAGUAUAGAUCCAGCCUAUGUCUGUUUUCAGGCAAAGACAACUAU